UUUGCUAUUAACCCAAUCAGACUGAAGGCAGCUCUCUGUUAACCCUAUCACAGCCAUCAGACUGUUUGCUAUUAACCCUAUCACACCCACCAUGCUGUUUGCUAUUAACCCUAUCAGACUGAAGGCAGCUCUCUGUUAACCCUAUCACAGCCAUCAGACUGUUUGCCAUUAACCCCAUCAGACUGAAGGCAGCUCUCUGUUAACCCUAUCACAGCCUUCAGACUGUUUGCUAUUAACCCUAUCACACCCACCAUGCUGUUUGCUAUUAACCCUAUCACAGCCUUCAGACUGUUUGCUAUUAACCCUAUCAGACUGACGGCAGCUAUCUGUUAACCCUAUCACAGCCACCAGACUGCUAUUAAACCUAUCAGACUGAAUGCAGCUCUCUGUUAACCCUAUCACAGCCACCAUGCUGUUUGCUAUUAACCCUAUCAGACUGAAGGCAGCUUUCUAUUUACCUUAUCACAACCGUCAGACUGAAGGUAGCUUGUGUUUAACCCCUUCAUAGACUGCUUGCUUUUAACUCUAUAACAGACACAGGUCUGAAGGCAGCUUACUAUUAACCCCAUGAGAGGUGUCAGACUAAAGGCCUCAUUGUCAGCCCAGUUCUACUCUCAUAUAAGAGACUGACCAAGGGAUCCUGAAUGAGGCCUCCAGCCUGCUCACUUCACUCCCUCACUGAUAGUCUGCCUCUAAAGCAAUUCCAUGCAAACCAAUCCCAUAUGACUGAGUUCCUGUGUUCCCAGUCCUCACAGUGUAGGAACUGUUUGUUUAUUUCAGGAGGGUUGGAGAAUACACUAUUUUCCAGAAUUCUAGAACUGGUGAAAAGUGACAUGUAAAAAAUUAUGUCCAGACACAAACCAGAGACCUGCAGUCAGGAAGUGAACACCUUGACCUCGUGGGCUGCAUUGCUGGUAAGAUCGGAGUAUUGAUAUUGUUCAAAUUAUUCUACAUUUACACUAUGGAUAAUUAGCUAUUGACAAUCCAACUGUUCUAUGGACUACUUUACUCAGUAUGCUCAGCGAGGACUAGAUGUGCAUCACUUGCAAAAACUUGCCAAAAGGUAGGAUAUAUCAGAAAAGUGUCAGGACAUAGAUACAAACACAACUAUGUGAAUCUUUUGGAUAAUUUGCAUUUCCUAUUGGAAUUCCAGACAAUCCCCAGUUUAAAGCAACACUCCAAGCACCAUAACUACUACAGACUGCUGUAUUGGUUCUGUUGCCAAGACUGCACUGGCACAUGCCAGUGUAAUUUGUCAAACUGUUUGACACCUUACUGCAGUCCCAAUGUUUGGCCACAGCCCUGCUGCUUGCAUGAUAAUCCGGUAUGCUCCGCUUGAACUAAGCUGUGCGGUGGAGCAGCCCAAGGCUACUCUCAUUGGCUGAGAGAUCAGCUUAGUGUGAGAGCGUGGCCUUGUAUCGAGCCGAGUUUUGGCCCUGGAGAGACAUCCGACUUCUCCUGCAGGAGAUGCCGGAUAUGGCACUGGUGCUUGGGGGCGGGGGGACGACAAGUUGUUAAAUCACUGAUGGGAGGACAUGGAGGAAACACUGUUUCAUUGCUCUUUGCGAGGCUCUAGUGCCCUGAGUGAGGCGCUUGUGCUACACUUUUUGGUGACAGUUCCCUGGUACAAAAUAGAAAAAGAAUGUAGCGCUUUAAUAAUUAAGAAUAUAAAUAUCACCUUAUUCUGUAUGAGGGGGGGAAAUUCUCACUUAGGUCCCAAAUAAGUCAAGAUCUAUAAAAAAUAAUCACAACAUAGUGUAGAUAGCAAAGACAUAUAUAUUUGUAUAUAAAUAUUAACACUCACAAACCCAGAGCUGUGUACUCUAGUUUGAAUCACUUCUGGGUCCGUUUAGGCGACCCACCCCUUAGAUAGAAGUAUAGCUGGUCCUGGAGGGGAAUAGAUAUACAAAAGAAAAAUUGCGCAGUAUCGUUGAUGAAUAGGAAAUCAAAGAGUCAGAAUUGACUCAGUAUCCAGGCGUUGUGCAGGCUAGGGGCUGCACUCCCAUUAGUAGAGUGGCGAAUAUAGAACCAGGAUAACGUUAAUAAAAUAUGAUAAAUUUAUUAACACAAUCUAUAAAUAUAAAAUAAAAAUGGCACAAUGUCCAGAUAAAACCGGAACGCGUUUCACCACUCACAUGUGGCUUCUUCAACCGGAUCGAUAAGCUGUAUGUGUCCUGGUUCGCUGUCUGUGUUUAAAUACUGUUCACAAUUUAAUACAAUUAAAAAUCGGUGUGUGUGCACUGCACACGUUGCUACCACCCACAGGUAGGACGUGUGUGGUCCAUGCCUCGUUAUCACCCCAUAGUCUGAUGUAGCCGGCGGGUGCUCUCACCCGAAGUUCCGUCAGCUACCUUCAGUUAUUGAAGAGUCUCCUUUCUAUAAGUCCGCUUCUCUUCAUACAUCGAUAUCUUCUCUGAUUGUUAAAGUCCUCAUGUAGUUCUUCAUAAAAUUGUGUGUAGCCGGAUGUCCUCAUUUUCCAUAAAUUCAUAUAUAGAAAGUCCAUAUGAGUUAUAUUAACCCAUAGGUAGCCAAAAAUUCAUACAUAUUUAUCCAGUGAUAUUGUAAGGAGUCACAUGAAUGUUUAGCUGCUCACUUUUAUAUAUGAUUGUUUUUGCACAUAUUGUUAUAAUAUAUAGUUAGAAAUAAGCGCUAGUCCUUAUCCACAGUUUGCAGUUCCCUGGUGUCCUCAAAAGCAGGUCGGCGGAAAAGGGCAUAAAAACUGUGACUGUCCCGCAAAAAUGAGGAUGAUUGGAAGGUAUGUAUCUACAAUUUGAGAUCACAUGACCUUUAGAGAUACAGUAUUAUCUAGGAGAGUCCUCAUAACGCUGCCCGAUGAUUGUGUUACAUAUAUAGCUGUAGCAGUCUAUGUCUGAUCCAGCCCUAAGAUCUCUUGACAAACAAACCCUGCACUGCCUGACCCUGUUAAGUAACUCUGCAGCCUGGAGAUCACAUUACAUAUUAACCCUUUACUGUCUGAGCCUGUUUGACAAUCUACAGCCAUUGAACUUCACGACAUUUAAAUCCUACAUUGUCUGAGCCCGUCCUGAUAAUUUGCAUUCAGAAUCAGGUGAUGACAUUUCAUUAAACAUUAGCCCUGUUCGAUUGACGAGAGCUAUUCUCGCCAGUGUUUGUUGGAAGCCAAGAUACAGACAUUCCCAAAAUGCACAAAGUGCCAGAGGGAAAUGUUUGCUCUAAGAGGUUUGGCUGGAGUGGAGCGGUUCAAAAACAUUUUAAGUGUCUUCAUAUGGUGUAACUGAAUCCCCAUAUUUCUUUGUUAAGAUAGGGGAUUUUAAGAAGUCUUGUAAAUUUUUUAUUUUUGUGAGUGUGUGCUAUUCCUUAAUCUGUAUUGUGCAUACAUUUUGGUCUUAACUUAGAAAUGUAUGUUCCGGUUUUGCUCCUAAUUCCCAUUUUUUUUCUGUGUAGAUUUGGAAUCCAGACCAGAUUCCUAUUGGUCUGAGCAUCCCACCCAUUCUCUGUAGGUGUCACUUUGUAAAGUGACCAUGCUAAAGCAUAAAUUGGGAGUUUCUGGAUGCAGUUAAAACUUUAAAUAUUGCAAAUUUAACAUUUAAAUCUCCAAUGUAAAAAUUUGAGUAGACCCAUCGAUAUUGGGGUACUGUGACAUAGGGUGGGCUUAACACGAUAUGGCCAUAUAUCUUGGCCAUAUUUGUUUGCUAAGAUGUGUUGUGGAAAACAUGCCUAUGCCACUAGCUCCUGGAGGAGCCUGCUAGCUAGCCUCCUGCCCAAGGAUUAUGGGCCGUAUCCAAAGACCCCGUUCGGGAGUUAACCUGCCCGGCCUACCCAAGAGACUUCUCCUUGGUUCCCCUGGUUCAGUAACUUCCCUCUCCCAAAUUCAGCUGAGAGCUCGCUCCCUGACGAACCAACUUGCGAAUCAGCGGUACUCAGCCACAAUCACUCUUAAACUGUUUUUGGCUAUGUGACCUUGUGGUUCCCGGUCAUAUUGGUCCAGUGUUUUGACCCCCUUGCCGACCCGCCAGGAGAUCGCUUUUUGGAGGGAAGGCGCCCGAGACUGUAAGGAACAAAUGCUCCCUGAGAGCCAAGAGGAGCACCUCGUAGUUCGUCCACAGGAGCUCCCGAAAGUUGACCAGCAAAAGCACUAAUCGCCCUGGAACUAUUUUGGGAAUAGGACCAUGUGUGUGGCCGGUCAGAACUUUACCCCAGUUGCGUUUCCCCUAUACUGCAUGGAUCUGAGCGCUAUUUGGACAACUUGGGCGCUCAGAUCAGGACUGUUUAGGGGUGUAGGACAUGUGGGGUUAUUUAUUUUUUUGUCUUGGAUCUCUGUUCCUGGGAGAUAAUUAGCUUACCAGUAUUUAACUCCAUUAUCUCCCAGGCACAGAGAUCUCUGGGAGGGGCUUGUAUUGUAUUGAAUGGAGACCCCAUGCUGGGGGUCUGUGUAUAAAUUCUGUGUGCCUUGUCUGAAUAAUGUUUGGGUGAACUGGCUAUAGAGCCAUACUCUCUUACACUUAAAGGGAAACUGUAAGUGCAGAAGGGGUUAAUAACCCCUUUUGUCACUUACCUGGGUCCAGCGCCGAUGUCCCUUGGAGUUGGCCCAGCCCCGCCCAAGCUUCUCCCCCGCCAAAGUCCGCCAGCAGGGGAGACCGUGCUCGCAUUAGGAUCUCCCCACAGGAAAGAAUUGAAUAAUGGGGAUUCUGGCGACGCUGGAAGUCCUCAUGUAUAGCGUGAGAACGUCCAGCGUCAUUUAGACGACCAACAGUCAUCUAAGCACCCAGAAGUCCCUCUAGUGGCUGUCUGGUAAAUACAGCCACUAGAGGACGAGUUAACCCUAGCAGGCAAUUAUUGCAGUUUAUAAAAACUGCAAUAAUUACAUACUCAGGGUUAAGGGUGAUGGGAGUUUGCACCCAGACCACUUCAGUGGGCCGAAGUGGUCUGGGUGCCCUCAGUGUCCCUUUAAUCACUUGGAGCUGUACCCAGGACCCUGUUCCAGGGCAAGAAGCUACGGAGAGACCCCUGUCAAGCUGAGGCGGCUAGGGGUUAAAACCACCAUCUAGCCCCCCUGGCCCUCUCUUGCCUCCCUAAAUAUAGUAAAAUCUUACUUGUAUUCAAGCCUGAAGCUGCUGGCUUAGCCCCUGUCUACCUCAGACCUGCAAGCUGUCUGCUGACAUCAUCAGAAGUGUUAUUCUGAGCCAAUCACAAUGCUUGCCCAUAGGAUUGGCUGAGACUGUGAAGGCUGGCUGGCAUUAGACUCCAAUUUUGCACAGGAUUGAUAUUAGCCAAAAACUCUUAAUCCAGACUGGCUAAUGAUGCCCAAUGACACUUCAAGCACCAUAACCACUCCAAAUCCAUGAAUUGGUCUGUAGUAUCUCUUUUAAUCUUCUUAUAGAUCAAAAUCAAUUAAAAACAACAACAACAAAAAUGGACAAAGAGACGUAUUGAUUUAAAGGACCACUCUAGGCACCCAGACCACUUCAGGUUAAUGAAGUGGUCUGGGUGCCAGGUCCAGCUAGGGUUAACCCAUUUUUUUUUUUAUAAACAUAGCAGUUUCAGAGAAACUGCUAUGUUUGUAAAUGGGUUAAUCCUUCCUCCAAUUCCUCUAGUGGCUGUCUCAUUGACAGCCGCUAGAGGCGCUUGCGUGAUUCUCACUGUGAAAAUCACAGUGAGAGCACGCAAGCGUCCAUAGGAAAGCAUUGUAAAUACUUUCCUAUGAGACCGGCUGAAUGCGUGCGCUGCCGAAUGGGAGGAGGAUCGGAGGAGGAGAGCUCCCCUCCAGGCGCUGGAAAAAGGUAAGUUUUAACCCCUUUCCUCUCCCCAGAGCCGGGCGGGAGUGGGACCCCUCACUAUAGUGCCAGGAAAACAAGUAUGUUUUCCUGGCACUAUAGUGGUCCUUUAAUUCCAAACAAUUGCCUCCUUGAAUAUUACUUGAAACAUAGUUUUAAAACAUCUGAGGUGACAAAGUUAGCCAUUUUCUGGUAAUACUGUGAGCCAGCCCUGAUAUUCUCUAAUCCGCAGAUUAUGUCUUGUUUGGUAGAAGCCCUGCUCUGUCCUUGUCUUUUAUAAUAAUUUGUAACCAGCUGAGGUUACAUUAAUUUAUAUAUAAGCCCCUUACUAUUAAUCUACAGGCAUUCAUUAGGUUUUGCAGUGUGAUUUUGUAUAUUUUCUUUGAUAUAUUCCAGCAGUAAGCAGAGCGUCUCUGCGUACAAUGUCAGAAUCCCUGGUUAGAACACGCCUGCUCUGCUGGAUUGAGGAAGUCUGUUUGUGGGAGGGAGAGGAGGAGGGCCGGAGAGAGACAGAACAUGUCCUGCAUUGAGGCUCUGCAGCAGGUGGAAGGGCACUAGCUGGACUGAGAGGAGGGACUGAGUUCUGUGUGAGGUACUGUAACAAUGUCUCUCCAAUCCUAACCUUCUCUCCUAUCUCUGGGCAUGCAAGCCUUGCUCUGCAACUGUUACCAGUCCUAUCACAACAUCUGCAGUGGGAAAUGAAACCACUUUAUUUACCAAUAUCUGUGCCUUCUACUUCAAGCCGCUUUCUAAAACUCUCCUAAACUGUUUUAUUGCACUACAUACUUACAUGUCCCAGCCCGGCGAGUCUGUGUUUUGCUCCAGUUCCUUUGUGCCCUAUCUCUCCUGCUUCCUACUGCUUUAGGCAAACACUCUGUAGAGAUACCAUUCACUGUGUGUUGCUUGCAACUCCUAAUUAUUUUCUCCUAUAACACCUCCUUCCCAAUUCAAAGAGCAACCUCUGUAUGACUAUUCUGUUUAGUAGCACCUCAAACCUCUUCAUUAAAGCUAACAUCAGCUCCCCAGCUGUAUAGGCUGCAAGCAUCUUUCAUUUCUGGGACUGACUGAGAGUGUUGAGAGUUUCCAGCAACAGCUAAAAGCUAUCCAUUCCCCAAACUGUCCGGUAACCUCUGCAAUUUGUUUCUAUGAUCUUUCCAAAAGUAUUACCAUCACCAUCCUAUAAUGCAUGCUUGUUGUGUUUACAAAUGCAUAAUCCACUUAUAGACCUGUAUUUCCGAUGGCUAACAUCUGCCACUGUGGACUGCGUUUCCCAUGGUGCUCUGUCAGCUGCUAGUUUUCUGUGCAUCAUGGGAUAUAAGGUCUAGAUUUUAACCAUCACUGACGUCUGUCGCACUAUAUAGUUUUUAACAUUGAUAUUAACGUUCGGCAGGUUCCUCCUGAAGGGCAAAUCUGCAGUUCUCCAUCAUGGAAAAUGGCACUGGGGACCUGCGCCAUCCCACAGAGGUGCAUAUGAGUCAGAUGGUGAUGCCAUGCCAUGCCAAUCACCGCGGUCAGCUCAGUUCUGGGCAACUCCUCAAAUGGAUUGACACAGCAGCCUGCCUAUCCGGUAAGUAAGCACUGACACCUGGGUGUGUUUGAGAUAAAAGAUGUGUUACUAAAGGUCUGCAUCACAUUUGGCAACAAAGUAGCCGUGGGGGGCAUGGUGCCAAAUGUAAAGCAAAAAAACUACAAAAGCAAAAUAUACAUUGCAGACUAUAGUGCACCUGCAAAGUCAGUAGGCAUUUUAGUAGGUAUCAGGAUCCACUGAUACAUUAUGCUGGCCAAAUUGCUAGCAAAAGUAGAGAUACAAUAUUCUUUAUCAAUGAAGAUGCAGCUAUGCUAAUCAGAGAGUUGCAUUUCUCAGCAAAACAAAAAGAUAGGUAUAUUAUUUCAACAACAAAAAUUUUUUUUCUUUAAAAGGACACUAUGGGAUCAGGAACACAAACCUGUAUUCCUGAAACAAAACAGAGGAAGAGUCUGCGCUAGUUCAAUUGAGCAGCAACCCAAAAAGGGAGAUCCCUCACGGAACCCUUAUGUAAGAAAUGCGAAAAAAGAGGGGGUCAAGGGCUGCGCUUAGGUAAAACAGAUAUGUUGAAAUAUAUAAGAUCGUGUAUUUAUAAAAUAAACAACGAUAAUAAAAUCAAAUAAAGUUCAUCCGGAUUUUCUUAAAAAUAUAGAAUAAAAACAGUCUCACUGAUAUGCAGUACCACGAUAUUAAUCCUCAAGUAUGGCUCCGUCCGUGUGGUAGGUAGUCCAUAUAUGUGAAGAUAAAAAACAAGAAAGAAAGCUGCCUAUGGUGAAAUAUUGUUGGUCCUGAUGUGGUAUAUAAUCAAAGGAAAUAUAUUUCACUCACAUUUGGUGGAGCUUAUUGCCAGCUCUGGGAAAAGAGGCACUUGGUGGUUUGAUCCCCACUAACGGAUAUACUUGGAUGGUCCGUCUGUCCGGCUUGGAAUUCCUGUGGUAUCGGCUAGGAUCUACUUCACAUAUGCGUUCAUUCCUUGAUGCUUGGAAGAUAGGUCCGCCUUUCCAGUAUCGGAUGGUAGGUGUCCACGGAGUAUAUAUGAGACAGCAAAUAGUGCUCUCAGUAUGAACAACAAAGUAAUAUCUUUAAGUGAAUUAUACUUACAAGAAUAGAGCAGAUGGAUACUGCUCUAUUGCCACAGCGCUGGUGGAAUUAUCCCCACCUAAGGAUUUCUUUGGACGGAAUAUACUUCCAAGUAAAAAAAAAUUUUUAUAUAAUAAAAAUAAUAAAAAAAGGGUGGAUAAAACUAUGGUAUUAAAUACAAAAAAUAUAUGAAAAAAUAUAUAUAUAUAUAAAAUGCCAGGGGUAAAAGAAAGUGUAUAAAAUACAAUAAAAAUAAGUAUACAAUUGGUCCUAGUUUAAAAGGUAACCAAAAAUAACUUUUAUUGAUUAAAAUACACUUAUUAAAACCAAUGGUUUUAAUAAGUGUAUUUUAAUCAAUAAAAGUUAUUUUUGGUUACCUUUUAAACUAGGACCAAUUGUAUACUUAUUUUUAUUGUAUUUUAUACACUUUCUUUUACCCCUGGCAUUUUAUAUAUAUAUAUAUUUUUUCAUAUAUUUUUUGUAUUUAAUACCAUAGUUUUAGCCACCCUUUUUUUAUUAUUUUUAUUAUAAAAAAAUUUUUUUUUACUUGGAAGUAUAUUCCGUCCAAAGAAAUCCUUAGGUGGGGAUAAUUCCACCAGCGCUGUGGCAAUAGAGCAGUAUCCAUCUGCUCUAUUCUUGUAAGUAUAAUUCACUUAAAGAUAUUACUUUGUUGUUCAUACUGAGAGCACUAUUUGCUGUAUUCCUGACCCUAUAGUGUUAAAACUACCAUCUAGACCCCUCUUCCCUCCAGAAAUAUAGUACAAUCUUACUUGUAUUCAAGUCUGCAGCUGCUGCAUCGGCCCUUGACCUGCCUGCUUACAGGUGACUUCAUCACAACGCUUUCCUAUAGGAUUGGCUGAGACUUGACCGGUGUAUAUUCGCAAUAUGGGCAGUUGGAAUCCAGGACAACCACCCCACAUACCUAUCCCAAUAAGACACUGAUGCUAGGGUAUAUGGGUCAAAUUGUCCACAGCUUUUAUUAAACAAUCUUAAUAUAAUAACAAUUAUAAUAAUAAUAACUUAACAUGUAAACAUGGGUCAUUGCCCCCCAUACUCCGCCUUCGCACCCUUCUCCAUGCAGAGAGUGUGCAGCACUGCCUCAGGAAGCACCUCUAGCAGCCAUAUGAGGAGUGUCUAGUGGAGUUAUCCCUAGACUAAUGUAAACAUUACAUUUUCUCUGAAAAGACAGUGUUUACAGCAAAAAGCCCCAAGGGAAUGAUUCUACUUACCAGAACAAAUUCAAUAAACUGUAGUUGUUCUGGUGAUUAUAGUGUCCCUUUAUUUUAUUGUAAAUUUGUUUAAUUUUUACACUCCUUUUAAUUAUUUCUUUCUUAUUUUUCUUUUGUCUGUCUCUAGGAAUCUUGUUGGUAUAGCCACUGCUUUUUGUGUUGUUUGUAUCAUAGUCAAUGUCUGUUGGUAGCUUUGCUGGGUUACAUUAUAAUACUUCCUUGAUGUGUAGCCGGUCAUGCAAACAUUGUGUAUCAGCAGUCUGCUUUUAAUGAGUAUUGAACAUUUUGUAGUAUAUCUUGUGCAACUUUCCGAAUAGGUCCACACGUUCGCGCAGAUGGUGACACAUCGUGCAUUGAACUAGCGUAGGUCAUAGAUCUUUAAAUAGACAAGCAGAACACUAUUGCUAAAAUGUUAUAAGGAAAGAUUCUGUGAUGCACAAAGCUUUUCCUUACUCGUGUGACUCAUGAUGGGACAGGCAGUGAUUUGUGAUUGUUCAGAGAGCUGACUCACUAAAUUUCAAGGGUCAUUGUGUUCCCAAGAGCACUCUUAACAUCUUCACUCUGUUCUAAAUUUUCAUCACUAUUAUCUGCUCAAGGACCAAUUUUCAAACAUUGCGCAUUACAUCUCUCAGUUCCUCUAACUUGGGCGUAUAUUGAGGUUUGUUUUGAUGUAUCAGACGUCACUUACUGACACUUGUUUUUUUGUUGUUUUUUUUUUUUUGCAUUCUUUAUUUUUGUGUGCAGCGAUUAUAUACAGGUUUGGGUUGACAUACCCACAUAGAAAAGUUGCAGGUUUUGUACAUGGCAUGUCAUUAAAAAUAGCACCUUUUUAAAAAAAAAAAGAAAAACAUGAGAAACACUUACCCUGUAUAAGCUAGACAAAAUAAUGCCAAAUUGGUAUACCUAAUACAGAACAUGUUGCAGGAAAAACCACUAGGUAAGUACCAGAAUGGCUUUGUAGGUAACUAAAGAAGGGGGUACAGCUAAAUGCAAUACAAUGUAUAGAGCAGUAAGCCAAUGUCCCUGCAUCAGCCAAUGCCGCGGUUAUGCUGCAGAUGGAUGUAAGCUCUGCUUUCCACCAGCAGAUGUCAGGUGAGCCCCCCACCGCCUCCCGGUUUCAUGUAGGAAUCAUCCGUGUCGCUGGGAGUAAGAUGUUGGUGCGUCUGUGUCUUUGCAUCCCAUGUCCAAGUUGGUGCGCGAGCCAGUGCCUUCUGUCCCCGAGGUACUCUAGCUUCAGAGUUAGGGCCCAAAUCCUGCCGGAUAGAUAGCCUUACAGCAUUGUGAAUGGUUAAUAGGACUACUAUCCUUUGGGGCUCUAGACCCAGAUGAGGUACGGAGUUUUGGAGCACCCCUGGGGGGCCUUCAGGGUCACAGCUGUGGUAAGUAUUUGUUGUUUCUGGCGGGAUGCAAUACAAGACCAAAAGGCGUCACACAGAGCAUCGAAAGCCGCAUAGAACCUUGGCUCCCACUAAGACAGUAAACUCCCGGUCAGCGUGGCAGCCAUCUUAGAUGUGCCGUGAGGACUCUUCACGGGUAGAUGAGAGAUGCCUUGCCCUUCAGGUACUGUAGCUGUCACUGGUGGGGACCGGUAUAACCCCCACCGGUCCAGAGGGGCGGUAAAGGGCAGCUGGUCAACUACCGUGCGGCUAGAGCUCCAAGUCAGGGGAUCGGCCGCUUCUCCCGACAAUUCACGCAUCUGCCCCAGUAGGCCUCAAGGCUGGUUGUGUGUGAGUCCGCGGUCUGGGAGCCACAAGCCAGGCUACAGAGUUGGCGAACAGGAUUUAGGUUGGUAACUUGUGACUCUGAGCCUAGUGUGCAGGUGGAUUAGCUUGCUUUAUGCUGUUAAUGUAAUGAACGGUCAAAGCUCCACAGAAACACGUCUUGCCAUCUUGCCUGUCAGGCCCCUGACAUUUUUGUUUAUCCUCAUAUUUAAGUUUCAGUACAGCCUGAAUUAUUAUAAAGUAGUGUUAUGUCAGUAUAGAUAUUCUAUAGUAUUGUAAUCUUGUGUGUAUGUCCACCUCAUCUUCCUUUUCUUUUUUUGCAAGGAAAUAAAUCCAAAUUCUUCCCUAAUUAGACUGCUUUCAAUGUUGAGAAACCUAUAUGGCUGUCUAUGAGUUCCAUACAUUGAACUUCAUCAACCGCUUCUGCAGAUGACAAAAUCAUCAAGUCAGGUCAAGCUGUGGUUUUUAGUAUUGAGGAAGCAGACAACUGCUAUCAGCAAACUUGGGUUCUCCACUUUUGCAGGGUUAGAACUUACAUAAUACGCCGCCAGACAUAGACUUGCAAGACAACGGAUAUCACAUAGUAUUAGUUAUAUAUCAUAUAAUCUAGCGUGUAUACUUAUACAAGUUAUCCUAAUUGUAUGUCUUUAUGUUCAAUCAAUAAACCAGGAAAAUAUGGUUAUAUAGUUUUUGAUCUUAAAGAGUUAUUCCAACCAAAAAUGUUAAGUCCCUUAAAGGACAACUAUAGGCACCCAGACCACUUCAGCUUAAUAAAGUGGUCUGGGGUCUGGAUGCAGUGGUCCUGUCCUUUUAACCACGUAAUGUAAAAUAUAGCAUUUUUUUAAAAAAAAAGUGUUUUGUGUUUUUUUGUUUUGUUUUAGAAACUGCAAUGUUAACAUUGCAGGGUUAAAUCCACCUCUAGUAAAACUCAGUCAUGUGAUGCAGAAACCCACAUUAGGAUUUAAUAUUUUUCUAUGGGGCACUUUGAAUGUGCGUGUGAUGCUCGCCAUGCAUUUGCAUUAGAUCUCAAAUUCUCCUUUCGGAACGUGAUGUUGCUGGUGGCCAGGUGGUGGAGAAAGGUAAGUAAAUAAUUUAUUAUUUAUGGCAUCUGUGGAUGGGGUGCAUUAAUAGCACCAGGUUUGUAUUUCUAAUACUAUAGUAAGGACUCAUGGUUUUAAUAGUAAAUCUAAGUAUUUAUUGCCUUCUACAUUUGUAGUGUGUGUCAAAUUUUUUUUUUUCUUUUCUGCAAAUCACGAUAAUUCAGAUCAAAUGUUAAAGGUUCUAAAUGUUAGAUUAUAAUUAGAAAUAGUUUUCAUAUAAAUAUGUAUUUUUUUUAACUGGAGAAGAUUCUGUAUAGAUUAUUUUGAGAGCAAAUUUUUCAAAAUAUUUGGCUUUUUAAAAAUGUAUUUUUUUUUUUCUAUUGAAGCGGAGAGACAUGCUGGUUGUGCCUGUGUUACUGCAUCUAUGGACGAUAUUUACUUUGAGCACACAAUCAGGUACUUUCUCCUAUGCUGUAUCUAUUACCUUAUCCCUUCCAAAAAGCAGCACUGCCUUUUAUUACUCUCACACUUAUCUAUAAUUGCUCAACAGACCAGGACUAUUAAAGUAAGGCCCCCCACGCCCUUUCCUCCCCCCUGGAUGAACGAGUUAUUCACACCUGUGGAUUAGCACAUUAAAUUAUGAUUUGCAGAAUUUUGGACCAAUUUACAGAUAUAGAGCUUCCACUUUCUAAACCUCACUGAUCUGACACCAGCCUUGCAGGAUCCUGUUUGGAAACCCGACUUAAAGGUCAUUGAUUGGAUACUGGCUUUAAUUUGAGGACUUUUCUCAAAGUACUAUCAGAAUUGGUUCUUGUGCCAAAUGUUUUCCAAAGUGUUUUGGCUGACAAGCAACACUGUACCAUAUUGAAUUGUCCUCCGAAGCAUGCCAGGAGAAAACCUUUCUAUUUUCAGAUUAUAGGAUGAUUGGAGUCCAAUUAUAUUUCAUCACCUAAUUCUUUAUAUACACAGAUAAAAUAUUCCAAUAAAAAAAAAAAAUACAAAUGAGGGGAAGAAGAUGAGCACAGGUUUGUUAGGAUUCUAAAAGGGACAUGUUUAAUAUUUGCAUCAUAUAGCAUUAUUAAUAUAGUUUGAAUUAUAACUGUUCCAUGAAAUAACUGUUUGUUCUAUGUUUCAUUGUGUCAUUUCUAGUGUGGGACAAGUUGUUAACGUGAAGACAAAAGUGAAUCGUGCUUUUAACUCCAGCAUGGAGGUUUGUUUUAGAGGAUUAUAAUUUCACUGUGUUUUAUUUUCAUUAUAUACAGUUUGUGGUAGUCCCUGUAAAUAAUUGUUCAAACUCUUCUUUUAUGGUUUAAAUAAAGCAACUCCAUUGUCCGCUUGUAAUUUAAUUACUCACUGUUUAGUGCACAAACCUCUUACGCUUAAGUGUUAUUCAGUAAAAUGUAAUCAUUUCUGGUACUUCAAAGCAACAUGAAUUUUUUUUAAAUUUUUUGUUAUUAUUCGAUUGUUAAAGACCAGCACUUUGGUCUAAUAAGGUAUUCCUUUAUUUUUACAAUGGUGUAAACAGUAAGGAACAAUCCAUGCACCAUAACCUAAAAUGCUUAUUGUAAUGUUAAUGCUGCAAGACUGUGUGCAGGCUUUUGAUUUUCCAUAAAGUUGUAUUCAAGGGGUUUGACAAAAAAAAAACUCACAAGAUUUCCCAGCAUCCAAACCACCAGAUCAGACAGGUCCCUUUACUGCAGCUGAGAUAAUGUGGAAGGUUCACUUCCUUAUCCAUACAAUUUGUACGGCAGAGAAGAUAUCAAGGGUUUAUUCCACGGAUUGCAACCUAUUUGUCUUACAUGUUUGUACAGGUUUCAGUUUGCACACUAUACUGCAUUAAUAUUAACAAGCAUGGCUGAAUUUGGCUAAGGUUUGCUCCAGUAGAAUAAUUCUUUAAGUUAAUGCAACAAAAUACACUAAAAACUGGGUUAAAGAAAAUGGCAGUAACUGUUCCUCUAUUGGGUGUGUUUUUAUAACCAUGUAUCUAUCACUUACUGCUUUGUGAUGUCCAGGUUGGAAUCCAGGUUACGUCUGAGGAUCUGUGCAGUGGAAAGGAAUGGAAUGUGUGUCAGGCCUAUGCUACAUUUGUAGCACAAGGCAAGGAGAAGGUGAGAUAAUGUCUGAAAACCUGGAAUAUAUAGACAUGCUUCUCAUUAGUGAGCAUCCUGGAGAGUUGUGAGCAAAAGGUAGAAUUGCAGACUAAUAGGUCAGAAGGCCUUUGAUGUAACUGAGACCAUUAAAUCACUAGCUCUGCCAGGGCCUGUCUACCAAUAUAUAUUUUUUUAAUGAGUACUCUAACAUUUAAUAAACACAAUUAUUGGAUGGAGUGACAGUUACAAGCAUAUCCUCCCUCCCCCCACCUUUAAAAACAAAUAAUUAUAAUAAUUAAGUUCUUAACCUGAUCCUCCUUUGGGGACAUUACUUCGCCUCACUGCAAGGACAGGGAUGUCUCAGGUGACAAGCUGAGGGGAGAAUUAGGGUGGCAUGGAUGUGGGGGAAUGCUAUCAUUGGUUGUCUGUCAAAUAUGCACAGAAUUGAUAUUAGCCAGCCUGGAACUCUUCUUACUGGGUAGCUAAUGACACUGCUGGGGGUGGAGUUACACUUCUGGCAAUCAUGUGCUUUAACGCUUAAUGUGCAGCCUUUCUCAGUGAAUUGCUGGACAUACAGAGUCUUUAAGCAUUGUGACCUCUUCAAAUCACUGAAGUGGUCAUGGUGCUUGGAAUAAUUCUUCAAAACCAAAUACAAUUUAUUUUUACCAUCAGAAUGUCUUUUUGUGUGUGUUUUUUUUUUUUGUUUUUGUUUUUAGAUUUAGGGUCCUCUAAUAAAAAAACAAACAAAAUCUUACCUUUUAAUCCAGCCCAGAGCCACACUGAUGAUUUUGCCUACGGUGAAAUCAAGCAUGGUGAUUUUGAUCCAAUACAAUGCAAACCUCCUGCUCUCAAUCAAUCCAGAGCUUCUCAGCAGAUGGAAUCCAAUGCUUCUCUAUGAGAAGCAUGAGUUGCGUUCAUCAUCGUCAUGCUGUCAGUAAUAACGUGAGAAAAUUGAAGGUCUUAUAGGAACACUCAUAGCAAAAAGGUAGGACCACAAGAGUCCUAAAUAGGAGAGUAAUAGAGAAAGGGAAAUGGGAGUCCCUACCUUUUAAUAAUCCUAAAGGAAAACAAAACCGGGCAGGUGGAGAGAGGUGUAGCAAUAAUAAACCCUCCAGAAUAGACACAGGGAACCAGUUACUAGAGAAACUGCCUGAUAAAUGUCUUGAUCCUAGGGUUCAAAUGACACACCUUCUAAAUCUCCAAAACAGGGACCCUAAAUAGAAGAAGGUAACUGAAAAAAGAGGGGGCAAUAUAAAGGAGGUACCCAGAAAAUAAGCCCAGACAGAAGCCCCUGUAAGAAGUCUGCGUGUGUCAUUUGAACCCUAGGAUCAAGACAUUUAUCAGGCAGUUUCUCUAGUAACUGGUUCCCUGUGUCUAUUCUGGAGGGUUUAUUAUUGCUACACCUCUCUCCACCUGCCCUGUUUUGUGUUCCUUUAGGAUUAUUAAAAGGUAGGGACUCCCAUUUCCCUUUCUCUAUUACUCUCCUAUUUAGGACUCUUGUGGUCCUACCCUUUUUGCUAUGUGUUUUUUUUAGGGAGAGUAAUUUCAGGGCUUACUAGCACUAAUUCAUUGGUCGUUGCCACGACCUCUGAAUCAGAGCCACCACUCUUCAUUUCUUAUAGGAACACUGUCAUCAAAUAAAAUAAAAAUAAAUAAAGGUAGAUAAAAAAUAAAUAAAAAUAAAUCAACAUUAAUGAAUGAAAAAAUUUAGAUGGUAAAUUAUAACCUAAAUAUUCUAUUAUGAUAUUUUAAAAAUGAUGACCCUGUUAAGUUAGAAUUAUCUGACAGUCUCUAGCUGCGUGUUUUUAGCUGUAAAUACAUCAGAAUGGAGGAGGGGGCCACCUUGGAAUUGCUUUCCAACUUAGAAACCCCCAGUGGCAGUUAGUGAUAAGGGGUCUAAGAACAUGCAACAUCAUUAACCAAUCAGCAUUUGUAAUUCUCAUAGUUGUGCUGGUCUGUCCCAAUUUCCCUCUGCAGAGAAAAGACAAUGUGUAGUUAAAAAGUUUGAAAAUGGUGAAUACCCUAUAUGCCCAAAGAAAGUCAGAUUAGCCAUAAAUGUGAAAAAUAUCGCACUAAAAGGCGCUGUGAGAACAAUAACCACUACCGUCUAUUGUAAUGGUGACAGCAUGCCCAUUAUUUUUAAUAAUUCCACCAUUCCUUUUUUUUCUGUUUUUUUUUUUAAACCAUUUUGUGAUUUCAGUGAUUCAACACCAGUAUUAAUUUUGUCGACUAAUAAGUUUAGUCGACUAAAAUGCGACUAAAACUAAAAUGGCAACUUAGAACUAAAUUGAUAUUUGCCACCAAAAUUAACACUGAACACAGAGAGGAUUUGGAAGGGGCAAAAGAGACAGAACAGGGCUUGGAAGAGAGACGCCUAGAGGGGCUGGGAGGACACAGAGGGGCUGGGGAAGGGGCAAAAGAGACAGAGGUUUUUACUAAAACCCAUGAGAUUUUAGUUGUGUUGACUAAGAUCUACUGGAGAUUUAGUCUACUAAAUGAAAACCAUUCAUAUGACUAAAAUAUGACUAAAACUAAAAUGGCUUUUUAGUUAAAAGACUAUGACUAAAAACUGAAAUUUACCACCAAAAUUAACAAUAUCAACAUAUUCCAAUGGAAGACUUGCUUCUCACUGUUCAUUCUUAGUGGCAAUAAAAUUCACAUCAUCCUGCUAAUGAAUGGCUCUGUGUGCAGGUGAAGUUGAAGCCCGUGGUUCCUGUCUCUGACAAAGAAAAGUUGGAGUACAGCCUUGCCGCAGAGAGGCGUCGUAUGAGACUGGUCCAUACUGACAAUAUCAAAGAACUGCUGACUACUAGCGCCCCGAGAGACGGUAUAAUUUCUUUGUUUAUUUUGUAUCUUAACUAGUGCCAGAUUCUCAACUCACUGUUUAGUAUUAAUGAAACACACACACCUGAAGGUCAACUUUGGCUCUCAUCUCCUCAACAAUGAUUCCAUACUCGGAACUCUCACAGUUAUUAUUUGUUAAUGAACUCAUGCCUAAAAUUAGUUCUUGGACUCGCGCAAUAAAAUGUGCUUGUUUGUUUAAACAAACUAUAUCCCAGUGCCAGAGUAUUAUGUUAGGUAAAGGGUCACCAUAAUAUUUGCUGAUUUACCACAUUGACUACCUGAGAUCUCUCUAUUGUAAGUACACCUAUUUCCUGUUUUAUAUAUUUUAGAAAAAAAGUUUCAAAAUAUUCUGGAAAAUAUUCAAAAAAAUACACACACACACACACACACACACACACACACACACACACACACACACACACACACACACACACACACACACACACACACACACACACACACACACACACACACACACCUUCAAAUGAAUACUGUGCUAUCUUAACCUCUGAAGAUCCAAAUGUAAUGUUCCACUCAUUUAGCAAUCACAAGGCUGUAUAAAGCCUUGUAAAUAAGCAAAACAUCCACCUUCUAAUGUAUCAUAUAAAAAGUCGUUCAAUGUUCCUUAAUUGACACAAACAUAUUUCUGGUUUUAGGGUACCUUUGUCAGUAGGAUGGAGGCUCCUUAAAUCAAUCUAAAAAGCAAAGUAGUAUAAAUGUCAGUAUCAGAUGACAAAUUGGUACAGUGUAAGAAUAUAUAUGUAUCUAUAAAAAAAUAUAUAUUAAAAAAAAAAGUUAGAUGAAACCUGUGUCUUAAACCAUAAAAGUGACUCUCCUGGGAUAGGGAGAGGAGUUGGAGUUGAAUACUCAAAGAGCUGUAUGAGACUGUUCGUGUAAAGCAAGCAGCUGUGGCUCAAGCACUAUUAAAAAGCCGAUCAGAGUCCUCAGCGAUUUAUAUAAGUUCAGGCAGUGAUGAAACCUGUAUAUAAGGGUUUCCUCCAAGACCGGUAGGUAUAUGCAGUAAAUUCGUAGGAUGCAAGUCCAGCCAGGAACAGUUGCGUGAUGUUAUAAAGGUGGUUUGGGAUUAUGUAUCGGUGUAAGAGGUGCCUGCUGCCACACCGGUAGUAUAUAGUGUCUGCCAGUUGUUUAUGUGCAGGCUGUCAUGGCAAGGGUACAUAAUUCAUUGUUGCACUAUAGAAUAUUGCUAUUUAAAUAACUUGUGCAGUGCAUCAAUAAUUUGACCCCUGGGUAGAGAUCAAAAGGGGCUUCUGCAAGGUGUGAAAAGGAUUUCCCUUUUGAUCUAUCAAAGACCCUGCAAGGUGAGACAUUUUAUACUUGAGCCGUCUGUAUGUCUAGUUUCAAUGUAAACUAACUGACUUUGACCAUAUGGCCUGAAACUCUCAAUUGACAGUUAAAUCCUUUGAUAUGAUAAUGGUAUUCGUUUCAUGCAGACCCUUGUGUUCCAGUAUCAUAUCCAAGAGAAACAUUAAUACUUACCCACCGCUUAAUAAUUAAGCCUAAUUUUUAUUAUAUUCUCAUCCCUUUCUGCUCCUUCUCCUACUUUACCUUUGUGCUUCUUCUGCCCGUUUCAGCUCCUUACUGCUCCUUGCUGCCCCUUCCUGCUCAUUUCUAUUCCUUCUCCUUUCUGCUCCUUUUCCCACUUUACCUUCCUGCUCCUUGCUGUUCCUUUCUGCUUCUUCUCCUACUUUACCUUUGUGCUCCUUCUGAUUCUUUCUGCUCCUUUACCUAUGUGCUCCUUCUGUCCCUUCCUGAUCUUGCUGCUCCUUGCUGACCCUUCCUACUAAUUUCUAUUCCUUUCUGCUCCUUCUCCUACUUUACCUUUGUGCUCCUUAUGCCCCUUCCAGAUCAUUGGGAACUCUUUCGGCUCCUUGAUGUCCAUUCUUGCUCCUUUCUGUCCCUUCUCCCUUCUGCUUCUUUACCUUUGUGCUCCUUUGGUCCUUCUGUCCCUUCCUGCUCCUUCCGGCAAGUGACAUGCUCCCUUGCCCCCCCUUUCCCCGGACGCCCAUGGAUAGAGUGGUUAAUACAUUCACUAGUGGUGGUUCAAAUAUUCACUAGUGAUGUACCCAAAUUUUUGGUAUUUGGAUUAACAUAGUAUUUUUGGGACUUGUGAGCACUGGUAUCUACAUUUGUACUUGGAACAAACCUCACUUUCUUUUUCUGUACCUUUUUUUUUUUGUAUAGUAUUUUUUUAUUGAGUUUAGAAUAGUAGUAACAUAUGCACACAGUUGUACAGUUGCAGAAUAUCAAUUACAUUUCACUUUAUAUACCUUUAGGAAGUGUUCCACACUUCGCCUAGCGUUUGGGAUCCCCAACAUCUUGUCGGAGAGGCCAAUUACAACAUCUAAGUAUCAUAACAUUUUAACGUAGUGACCUGCAUCUGCACCGGUGCUAUUGACAACUAACCCAGUCUUGCAACUAGGUAUCACCAUAUUAUUGUAGGGGGGGGAGUGGAUGGGGGAGGUAGGUGGGGGGGGGAAGGUCGGUUCGGAACGUCGGGAAGUAUUUCCAAAUAUUAACUGGUGGUAUGACUACCAUCAUGUGUGGCAUUUUGUCGCCAUGUUAUCCAUGUUUGCCACGCUGUUUGCCAGACUUUGUUUGUCGGCCUCAAUCGCCUAGCUUCUAUCUCAUACCCUUGGGUAGUGUCUAUCAUAUCUAGGCAUCGUUGAAUGCUAGGUGGGUGUGUGCUCAACCAGGUCUUGCUUAUAGCCAUUAGUGCUGCGAUAAUAAUGUGGUAUGUUAGGUACAUGUCAGCCUUUGAGAGCUUGUGUGGCAGGGCUAGCAGUAAAUAUGUUUCUGGAGAGUGUGGCAGGGUAUUGCCAGUGGAUUUGGUUAUGAUGUUCGAAACUCUUUCCCAAAAGGGCUUAAUUUCUGGGCAGGUCCACCAAAUGUGGAGCAUUGACCCCGGUUCCCGCAAGCAUCUCCAGCAUGACCCUGACUUAUUUGGAUCCAUUUUCCUCAGCCUGGUGGGUACCAUGUACCAGCGAUAUAGCACUUUCCUGCUGGUCUCAAUAUGGGAUGUAUUUAGCGUGAGGUUUUUGUGUGCUAUCAGUAUUUUUGACCAUACGUCGUUGGGUAUAAUCCGGUUUAGAUCUUUUUCCCAUGCCGUCAUGAAACUUAGUUUCUGUGGUUGGGCUUGUUUUUUGGUCAGUUUAUACAGGAGUGACAGCAAUUUCUGUGGCGGUUUUGGGGCCAUACAUACUUUUUCUAUCUCUGUCAGUGUCUGUAAUUGCGUUUGUACAGCUUCUGGACCUAUAUUUUUCCUCGCCCAUGAGUGCAGUUGUAAGUAUGAGAAGUAGGCUUUGGGAGGUAGGUUAUACUGUUUGGUUAGAGAACUAAAGUCCAAUAGGCGGCCAUCCCUCAUUAAGUGUGAUAGGCGUGUGGCUCCAUGUUUACUCCAUAGGCCAUGAUCGAACCCCGGAAUGAGGAGUUGGAAUGCUGGAAUUUGUAGUGCUGGGGAUAUGCAUGAGGCGUGAUAGUGUGUCUUGGUGUACUUGUCCCAUAGGAGGAGUGUUGCCCCCGUAGUUGGGCAUAUAUCCGGGUAUUUUGGUCUCAGAUGCCUAGGUAUCCAAGCUAGGGUGGACAUCGAGAGUCCGCCCGUGUUUGCGGUUUCCAUAUGACUCCAUUUUGGUGGUAUUGUGUAGUGGAAGGCGGAUAUGAGUGUGCUCAUCAUGGCAGCCGUGUAAUAGUUUGCGAUAUCAGGAGCCCCCAUUCCUCCCUCCUUGAAGGGCCUAUACAUGGUGUCGGCCGCCGUUCUAGGUCGCUUCCCAUCCCAUAUGAAUUGAUUUAGAGAGUGUUGUGCGUCUUUAAAGAACUGGCGUGGUAGCUGUAUUUGAAGUGUUCUGAAUAGGUAUUGUAGUCUUGGUAGUACCAUCAUUUUAACUGCCGCUAUUCUGCCUGGCCAUGAGAUGUAUUUCCCUUUCCAGCUGUGCAGUUGUUGUUUAAUUGCGCUAAGGAGUUUUAAAUAGUUCGCUUUAUACAACUUUUGCGUCUUGGGUGUGAGAUCUAUACCUAGGAAGGUUAAAUGGUCGGUUCGCCAAUCGUAAGUGUGUAUGCUUUGUAGGUGGGUAAGUUGUGCUUUAGGAAUGUUGAGGCCCAUGGCUUGUGUCUUGGUAAUAUUGAGCUUGUAGUAUGAGCAAUUGCUAAAGUUUGUCAGUAUAGUUUGAAGCCGUGGCAGAGAGAUGUCCGGUUUAGACAAUGUGAGCAUUACAUCGUCAGCAAACAGGGUAAUUUUGUGUAUUUCUCCCCCUAUUUGUAUUCCAUGGACAUCAUGUGACUCCUUAAUGUGUUGGGCCAGGGGUUCUAGUGCUAGUAUAUAUAGUAAGGGUGAAAGUGGGCAGCCCUGUCUGGACCCAUUUGAGAUAUGGAAGGGUUUGGAGGUAAACCCGCCGUUGGCUAUUUUUGCUGUCGGAUUGUCAUAUAGUGCCGAGACUAGUGUGAUGAAGCACUCGGGAAACGCGAGCCUCCGCAGCACAGCCUCCAGGUAUCCCCAGUGCAGCCUGUCAAACGCCUUCUCAGCGUCUAGUGACAGUGCCACACUAGGGGUCCCGGUUUUCUGGAUCCUGUGCAGGAUGUUGAUCAGUUUCCUGGUCCCAUCUGCGCCUUGCCUGCCCCGGACAAACCCCACUUGGUCAUCUCGAAUCAGUGUUGGUAAUAUGUUUCCUAGCCUGUUUGCGUAAAUUUUCGCUAAUAUUUUUAAAUCCGUGUUUAGUAGUGAUAUAGGACGCAGAUGCUGGCAUUUAGUUGGAGGUUUCCCCGGUUUUGGCAGUGUGGUUAUGUGGGCCAGCAGCAUUUCACUUGGUAUAGUGCCUGUCGUGAGAAUAUUGUUGUAUAGUUUUUCUAGUUUGGGGGUGAGAAUGUGAGAGAAGAUUUUGUAGUAUAGGUUCGUGAAGCCGUCAGGGCCCGGUGACUUCCCUUUUGGGAGGGCUUUGAUAGUGCGUGCAAUUUCAGUUUGGGUAAUGGGAUCUUCUAAUAGAGUCUGAUCUGCCUGCGAUAGUUUUGGUAGCUGCACUUCCAUUAGAAACUCGUCUAUCUCCUUCGGGAGUGGCUGAUGUGUCUGCUGAUCCCUUUUCAAAUUGUAUAGCGUAUCAUAGUAGUCUGCCAGCGCAUUGUUUAUAUCAUGUGGGCUAUACAUUUUAUUGCCUAUAGCGUUCAAUAUAAAUGGGAUUUUUGCAUUUUGCCGUUUCUGUCGCAGAAGUGCUGCCAUUGCUUUCCCUGCCUUGUUUCCCUGGGUGUAUGUUUUGAGUUUCAACCUAUGUGAUAUGGUAGCUGUGGUGCGCAGGUGUAUGUCAUUCAGCUUUCCUUGAAGCUGAGCUAUGCGUUGCUGUGUGGAGGGGGAUGGGUGCAUGAUGUGUGCCGAUGUUUCGUCCCGAAGGGAUCUCAAAAGGACUAUAUACUCUUUCUUUGCUUGCCUGUUCAGGUGAGAUGCUUGGCUAAUCAGGAGGCCCCGUAUGACUGCUUUAUGUGUUUGCCAUGUUGUGGCCAGUGAGACAUCGGGUGUUUCGUUUAAGGCAAAGAACGAAAGUAUCUCUUCGUUUAGUUUGGUUUUAAAUUCUUGGUUAUGUAGGAGAGUGUCGUUUAGGCGCCAAAGUGUCGCCCCUCUGGUCUGAAAUUUGUCCCUUAGGGUAAGUUGUACUGGGGCAUGAUCUGACCAGAUUAUGUUUCCUAUCUCACUAUGCGUUGCCAUUGGUAACAUGUCGCCCGAAAUUAGAAUAAAGUCAAUUCUGGUGUAUGUUUUAUGUACGGAUGAGUAAAAUGUAAAUUCCCGUUCGUUCGGAUGCUGUGUCCUCCAGAUAUCGUAAAGCCCGUGCUCGGAGAUGAGCCUUGUGAGUGCUAUAGCCUGUUUACCUAUUGUUUUGCUCCUAGGUGUUGUGUCCGACAGUGUAGUGUCUAAUCGGGGUUGCAUGAUGUGGUUUAGGUCCCCGCAUAUGAUUGUGGAUGCUUUGUGCGUGUUGGGUAGUUUAUUCAAAACUUUCUGUAGGAAGUUUCUUUGGUUAUUGUUUGGUCCAUACAGUCCCACUAGUGUGUAUAGGGUGUCGUUGAUUUUACCGUGUAGUAUAAGAUACCUGCCUUGUGCGUCUUUUUUGAGGUGUAGAAGUUCGAAUGCUAUUGAGGUGUGUAUGAAGAGGGAAACGCCUCUCGAUUUAGAGGAGUACGUCGAGUGAUAUUGUGUGGGGUAUUCUCUGUCUGCAAAUCUGGGCACUCUGUUGUGUACAAAGUGAGUUUCUUGGACGCAUAGGAUAUCUGCUUUAGCGCGCUUCGCGUCCUCAAUGAAGAGUCUCCUUUUGUGUGGAGUGUUCAGUCCACGUGCAUUAAUAGUCUGUAUUCUCAUACUGUAGGAGGGUUGUAUAGUUUAGCUGUUUAAGUCUCACUUGCCCUUGUCUGAUGUGGUCCCCUCGUUGGGAAUGGGGGUGUUGUGCGACUGUUUUGCCUGUUGACUCUAGUGUAACUGUGGCGUAGUAUUGCAUAAUGUGCGCCAUUAAGUAGUGGUAUGGGUUUGGAGAUGCUUUAGUUCCAUUUGUAAUUAGUGGCCGACCGUGGGGGUGUGGGAUUAGGGAAGGAUAACUAGGGGAAGGUGUAAGAACUAUGUACAAAGUAUUCCUUUCAAGGAAUUUAUGUGGAUGAACCACAUCUGGGGGGUAAGAAAGAAGAGAUCCUUUCAUUAACGUGGCUAUUUGGGCACCCUUGUGACUUGUGUUUGUGUGCUGCUUCUGGUGAGUGAUUAGGCCAAUCAAGGCCUUUGGACCGAUCAAGGCCCUUGGAUGUGAUCCCGAUGUGGGCGUGACAGGCUAAGAGCGGCCGGGGCCAGACGUCCUCGUCUGAGUUAGAGAGUGCAUUUUGACGUGCUAUCUGUUUUGGAUGAGCGGGUCGUAUGUGCUGAAAGGUGUGCCGUCAGUGCUAGUGUUGGCACAGAGGGGCCCUAUGUGCAUGUGUAUUAACAGUCUACUAUAGCACAUACAUUCUGAAGUACAAAAACCAUAACCUGCAAUAACUAUUUUACAUUGCUAGCCUUCCGGCCUCCCCGCCCAUCUCCCGUCCCCCCACUCCAGCAACCAAGAAACAUUCCCCAGGAAUCACCACAUUCCCCACACGGGCCCCAGCGUCCCCAUUGCCCCAUUAGACCUGUUAGUGGGAGCGUGUAACGCUUUUAGUUCUGCAGCCUGUCUCGGCAGCUCCAAAGUCUCAUGGUCCACCUUAGGCCUCAGGUCGUUGUGACAUGCUGUCCAUCUCCCAAAUAAACUGUCUUACCGCAUCUGAGUUGGGGGCCGCCCCGGUCGCUACUCACACGAACUUGGAGGGAGGUGAGGGGGCAAGAUGGGGGGAAAGGCCCGCCACUUCCGGGUAUUGGUCCAGACCGGGGACCCCCGCAGGAAUCCACUGCUCUGCGCACGCUUCGUCACAGGGUCAGCGGGAGGCCCCGAUCCAGAGUCACCUAUUCCUCGGGAUCCCAAAUUACCGGUUCCUGUCCAGCUUGUGUUGUAUGUUCCAAGUUCUCCAUAUUGAAGGGAGGCACUUCAGGGUGUAUAUCCGUGGAUGUUAUUUGGGUGUUGUAUAUCCAAAGGGGCUUUCGCCUGCGUACCAGAUUCCAUCUGGUUUCAGUGUUUCCCGUGGGCUUUUUCCCAGUCCGGUUUGAGAGUGCCAGCCUGUCUUGUGUGCGGGAUAGUCGGCUCCACCGGCAGGUCCCAGGCUUGGAGUUUCUACAGGCCGUCGUCUGGGGAGUGUAUCACCACUGUGUCUCCAUUUUGCGUGACAAUCAAUUUUGUGGGGAAUCCCCACCUGUACCGUAUGCCGUGGGACCUCAACGUGCUGGUAACUUGGUGGAAGUCUUUCCUUUUCCGUAGUGUUGCGGCCGAUAGAUCCGCAUAGAUUUUGACCGUUGGGUAGUCGGCCAGCGGCUUAGCUCUCAGUCUGCUGCUCCGGAGGAUGUGUUCCUUUAUGUGGAAAUAGUGUGCCCGUAAUAAAAUGUCUUGCGGUACCGUUUGUGGGAGAUGACGGGGUUUCGGGAUGCGGUGAGCCCGAUCUACCAGCAGCAUAUCUGUGGGUAUUUCCGGUGCAUGGGCGUGCAAGAGGUUCCUGACAUAAGCUGGCAGGUCAUCAUUAGUAACAUCCUCAGGGACUCCCCGCAAGCGUAGAUUAUUCCGGCGGGACCGGUCCUCCAUAUCCGCCAUUUUUUUCUUCCAUAAUGGUAAUCUUUGCUGCCAUGUGUUCAACGUUCGUGGCCAGAUCGUUGUGCGCCGUGGCAAAUUCGUCACAUUUAUCCUCCAUGUGCGUCGCUGUGUGCUGCCAUGUGGAGAUUAGUUUAGCAGAUAGAACCUCCAGGGCUGCUGUGAGGUCGGCUUUAGUUAUUCGUGUUGUGUCUUAUUUUGCCUCCGAGUCGGUAUCAUGCGUGCCGUCAUCCGAUUCAGGAUCCUCGGCUGCUUUUGAGGCCUGCGUAGCCAGGGCCGCAGAAGUUUGUUUCUGGCUAAAAAAAUUGAGCUUAUCCGGCUUCACCGAGCUCCUCUUACUUUUGUGGUGGGACAUUGUCGAUCUCUGUUGUUGGAUGCAGCUGUAGGCGGUAGGAUUAUGCUGGAUUGGGUGCCCUGUUGCCGGAGCAAGUUUUCAUGCUGCCAUCUUGCUCCGUGGUUAGCCACGCCCCCCUUUCUGUACCUUUUUUAUAUAAACUUUUCUAACAAGGCUGCCUGGAUAAUCUUUCUCUAAACAUAUUUUGGCUAGAAUUAAAGCGUCCCAAUCAAAGUCAGAGAUGUAGGUGCAGUUCCGCAGAAAUUGGCAAUACAGAAUAUUUUAUUAAUCCAUUGCAGAUGAUGGGAUAGCGCAGAUAAGAGUUAACAUCCACUGUUUUUGUAAGGUAUUGGUAACUAUCUGAGAAUUUUCACCUUUUUCCAGGUAUUCAAUUGUAUUGUCCUUUCCCAAAUUAUGAGUAAACAGAAGACAGAAUUCGUUAGAAAUGAUCCAAAUAAAACAUAUUUGAUAUACUGUUCCCCACCAUCGCUCACAUUUAUAAUAUCAUCAAAAAGGUUUCAAUAGAAGGCUAGUUUGUGCCUCGAUGGGUUAUUCUGCCAAAUAUAGCAUUCCUCAAAGUAUCCCAUGGAAAAGUUGGCAUAAGAAGGUGCGAAACUAGCCCCCAUUGCUGCUCCUUGUAUUCGCAAAUAAAAUUGGUAAUUAAAGGAAAAAUAAUUAUAAGAAAGAACAAAUAGAAGAAUAGUCCGCUUGACAGGUGGGUAGUAAAGGAUCCAUACAUUGGUUGCAUUUCAUUGCUUUAAAACCAAACUAAUGCAUAAUAUUAGUGUAUAGGGUGAGGAUCAUUUAAGAGACUUUUACUCAAUACAAUUUGCUAUCAGCAACAUGGCUAAUAAAUCAUACAUGUAACAUGUUUCUAAUUUAUACUGGUGGUAUAUAAUCACUACAGUCUCCCCUCCUAGCCAUCCAGUUUUGAAAAAGUCAGUUUAACGAAUGAAACGCGUUGACUAUUAGUCUGUGACGGUUCUUAUUGUCCUUGCUGACUUCCCGGCUCAGUGGACUUUUAACAUGCUACUGCUGGGACUAUCUUUGUUGACCUCCUGUUUCAGAGCUGCUUGGCUGAUGGCUUGUUGCUCAUUUAUUUGUCUCCGGUGUUUUUACGGAUGUAUACACUCUGCCUCCAGUAAGACCAGCUUUUUAUACCAGCAGCUCUCUAUAUACAGCUUGCACAUAACCAACUGGCAGACACUAUAUACCACCAGUGUGCCGGCACGCACCUCUCGCACUGAUAUAUAAUCCUGGCCACCUUUAUAACCUCAUGUUCUCUGUUCCUGGUGGGACUUGCAUUCUACGAUUUUACUGUAUAUACCUACAUGUUUGGAGGACAUCCCUAAAUACAGAUUUAGCGUUCAUCAUUGCCUGAACUUAUAUAAUCGCGGACAACUCUGACUGGCUUUUAUUGGUGCUUGUCCCACAGCUGCUUGCUUUCCACGAAUGGUCUCACACAGCUUGUUGUGUAUUCAACUCCAACUCUUCUUUUUUUCCCCCAACCUGGGUGGGAGGGGUUACUUUUAUGGUUUAAGAUACAGGUGUUUUAUUUAGUUUUGUUUUUUAAAUACAUAUAUUUAUUUCUUACACUUGACCCUGCUCGGUGUUUACUGUACCGGUUUCUUAUCUGAUACUGACAUUUAUUUUGCUUAUCUCGUUGAUACUAUAUAUUUGAUACUGUUUUGCUUUUUUGAUGUUACGGUUUCAGUGAUUUGUUUAAUAAAUGUAUCUAUAUUGCUACACUGAGACUUGACAUAAUACUUUGGGCUACGCACCUUAAAGGACCACUAUAGUGCCAGGAAAACAUACUCGGUUUCCUGGCACUAUAGUGCCCCUGAGGGUGCCCCCACCCUAAGGGACCCCUCCCGCCCGGCUCUGGGGAGAGGAAAGGGGUUAAAUCUUACCUUUUUCCAGCGCUGGGCUGGGAGCUAUCCUCCUCCUCUCCUCCCAUUUAGCUGAAUGCGCACGCGCGGCAAGAGCUGCGCGCGCAUUCAGCCGGUCUCAUUGGAAAGCAUUUACAAUGCUUUCAUAUGGACGCUUGCAUGCUCUCACUGUGAUUUUCACAGUGAGAAUCACGCAAGCGCCUCUAGCAGCUGUCAAUGAGACAGCCACUAGAGGCUUUGGAGGCUGGAUUAACCUAUUUAUAAACAUAGCAGUUUCUCUGAAACUGCUAUGUUUAUAAAAAAAAAAAAAGGGUUAACCCAAGCUGGACCUGGCACCCAGACCACUUCAUUAAGCUGAAGUGGUCUGGGUGCCUAUAGUGGUCCUUUAACCAUGCUGAGGCAGAUGGGAUCCAGACGCCCCAGGCUGAUUUUGUUCUCAGGACGGCCUUAUACGUACUCAACCCUUCCCUUCUAAAUUUAUUUUACUUUCUUAGAAUUUAACUCCCAAACUAGAACAUCGUUAAUGAAAAUUAGAAGGAAAAAAAAAUCUGGUUUGUUUUCAAGGAAAUUCAACCUGCUGAUAAGUUUUUUGUUUUUUUUUGUAUUACAUUCCCUUUUACUUUGUUAAUUAAUAUCUUGCAGAAAGGAGCCAGGAAGAUGGGGUAAAUGGAUUUGUGAUGGCCCAGAAGACACGUGUAGAGAGCGUGGAAUUGGUUUUACCUCCGCAUGCCAAUCACCAGGGGAACACUUUUGGUGGACAAAUUAUGGCUUGGAUGGAGAAUGUUGCAACAAUUGCUGCCAGGUUAGCUCACUAUUAAAAUGUAUUAUUGAUAUCUUUUAAUUUUAAAGAGCCAGUGUAGUCCACAGUGCUGUGCAAUAGCUUCUUCUUUUUUUUUGCCAAGUAGAUCUUGGCACAGUGGGCUCUUCAAUAUUUUGAUGUUGCAGUUACCCUCAUCAUUUAUGGUAGAAGCCCAGCUUUAUGAAAAUUUUGAAUACCGUAUCUGAACAGGGUAUAUAUACAGUGAGCUUACAGAUGAUUUAGGUCAUUCUAAAGAAAAACAUAGAAACAUAGAAUGUGACGGCAGAUAAGAACCAUUCGGCCCAUCUAGUCUGCCCAAUUUUCUAAAUACGCUCAUUAGUCCCUGGCCUUAUCUUAUAGCUAGGAUAGCCUUAUACAUAUCACACGCAUGCAUUAUUAUUUUUUUAAUGUUUAAUUUUGAGUUUUCAAUGAGGUUUUAGAUACUAUGUAAAAUUUUAUUAGCAACUAUUUUUUACACAUGUGGCUAUUAUGACCAAUCAAGGAUUUCAUAUUGAGAGUGUGUGGUGAGUUACUGACAACAGAAGUAAAAGGAUACACUUUCAAAGACCGUGGAGUAUUUACAAAUACAGGACACCCCUAAUCCACUUGUGUGCCUGCAUUGAUCUUGGAAAACUAUACUACUGAAUAAUUUUUGUUUGUUUCUGUUUUUUUCUUUUCCUUGUACUGUAUUAUUUGUUCACUGAUGUUUACUCCUUGUUGAAAUGUGGUGAGCUAAAAAAGUAUUGCAAAAUUUAGGUCAUUGUUGGAGAACAAACAAAAAAGCUGUGCACUCUUUUUUUUUUUUUUUGGAGAUUUUUCCCAAAGCAAUUAGAUUUGAGCAGUUGUGAUGUUAACUGGCCAAGACUCACAGCUUAGUGAAUAAAACCUAUAAGCACCCUGACGUUGUAUCAUGGUUGGUUAACCAGAGGCAGCACCUGAUCCCUUAUAUCUACUGGCGUCCAGAUCAGGAACUACUGGGACCUCAUCUCUUACCAUCACAUUGUCAUGACAUUAGUAGCCUUCCUGAUUGUUUUUGUCUAACAUAUAAUGCAUACAGUAAAAUUGUCAUGGGACACAUUACAAUUCUAUUCGUUUACACAAACAAUUACUUGGGAACUCUGAUGAAUAUACAUAAAAAGAAGGAAAAGACAAAAAGCUGAGAAAGGACAGUUUUGUAAAAGAGCAGAACCCUAGAGGCAGACCUAAAAUAGGGAGUUUAAAGGCUAAAGACACAUGCAAAGGAGCAACUGACAUAAUGGGUUGGAAGCUGAGAAUCAAUUGAAUGGAUGAGUUGAGACUCUGGGAGAGACAGAUGGUUACAAGAGACAUAAGUAUGCUUGGGUGGUUAGGAGACAGAAUUAGAGGGGACUAAAAACCAAACCAAAAGAAAAGAGACCGUGUGAGAGGUAUGUUAGGCAGAUAUACUAUUUCUUAGUAUGUGGAAUGUCAAUGCCUUUACUCUACAAUAUGAUUAAAGUGACACUCCACUGCCCAAAUAGAUAAUACAUCAAUAAGACCUCUGUCUAGUAACUAUACUGCAAUGAAAACAUGCACAUAUUUAAUUAUACUUUUUUUUUUUUUUUUUUUUUCUUUCAGGAGUAUAUCUAAAAACAGCUUGCAAAAGCUGUAGAUCUCUUGCCUAAAGCCAUUGCAAACCCUCCCCUUUUAACCCUGCCCAGACUUUCUGUGGCUGUCCAAUCACAGACUUCCCAAUACAGCUCAAUGAGAAGUCUUUACAAGGCAGGGGCUCUGGGCAAUUGCUGCCUAUUGAGUUUAUCUGCAAUGAGCUAAGCAACCAGGAAGUAAUGAGAGGUUCUUUGACAGGCGGAGAGGCGUAACAAGGUUCAUAUUUAAAAGUGCCAAUUUCUUUUGAAAUCUGCACUUUCUGUAAAAUUUGGUCACAAAUGAAUAUGAGGUCCAAAAAUACAAAGUUUUGGCUUACAGCAAUCAUCAAGAUGGAAUAUCCAAAAACAAUCACAGAAGAAAGUGCAAAGCACGCACCCACAAUAAAUAUUAAUAUGACCCAAAGUUAAAUGCAGUGUGUCUGAACAGUAAUCAUAUAAUGCCUAUAUAAACACAGACAUAGAAAAAAUAUAGAGAACUGCAAAGAGAAGGCAGAACAGGUGCCCUUUAACAAAUCUAUUUAAAUGUUACUUCACGUUUGGCUUUCCUGAUUAAAUUUCCAUAUUCAUGCAAAAAUAAAUAAAUUCAAAUGAUGUAGAUAAAGUAAAUGAAUGUACAUGUAACCAAAUGUAAACAUUCCAGCGUCUACAGAUAAAAGCAGCAGCAAAACAAAAGGCUGGCUACCGUAUGUUUGUGUGUGUGUAUAUAUAUAUAUAUAUAUAUAUAUAUAUAUAUACACUCGGAAUUUAAAUACGUGAUGUGUGUGUGUGUAUAUAUAUAUAUAUAUAUAUAUAUAUAUAUAAAUAAAAAUACAAAAUACCCCUGCACUCCAACUAGAGAAAUAAAAAUAGUACCUGGUGCUCUGGUGGCUUAAUCAUAAACAAAGUGAAAAUACCGGCACUCAAGGUUUUCCAGAAGAUAACUUCUCCAUUUAUUGCGGAAGAAAAAUUCGACGUUUCAGCUCCACUGGGGAGCUUUCAUCAGGACACAUCAGCUUUCAUGGUGUCCUGAUGAAAGCUCCCCAGUGGAGCUGAAACGUCGAAUUUUUCUUCCGCAAUAAAUGGAGAAGUUAUCUUCUGGAAAACCUUGAGUGCCGGUAUUUUCACUUUGUGUGUGUGUGUGUGUGUAUGUAUGUAUAUGUAUGUGUAUAUAUAGCUCAAGUAAGAUUAAUGAACAGAAAAGGUCACUGAUAAAUAUUUAGUACCACUAAAUGUAAAAGUGUCAAGCCUCAUUCAAAUAUCCCAUUUCAUAAGAUCAAAUCUGAACAAUGGAUGAAUAUUGUGCAUUAUAGCAACACUGUCACCGUCUGGGGACUUUACAUAAAUUUGCAAAGACCCCCGAUGGUGACAUCACCACUGGUGGUCAGGUGGCUGUGGGUGCAGGGAAAGGUGAGAUUUACUUAUCUGAACCUGUCCCUUGUGGGCGUGUAUUCUUCUGGCCUGUCCGCUUCUGCCUCUGGCUCCAUGAGCUGUACUCCCACACAUGUAGGUCUAGAAGUGUCAGAUGUAGUCCCUACUUUGUCUCAGUGUAUUUUUUUGGCUGGAUGGUAUUUCAGUGAAAUUCCAACACAGUCUGUAUAAGGAUUUCAUAUAGGUUUUUAUCUUUAUAAAAUGCUCACUUUGCAGAGGGGGUGCGUGACCGUGCCGCUUUAAAUCUCUUACACUACAGAACUUCCCAAACAUUACCCACGUCACUACAUGUGACAAAGUUUAGCAUUGCUGUACAAUAGUUACGGGACAUGGAGUUUUUACUGCGACCACAAGCUGGUACUCACAGUACUGAUUACAUAUCAGCUAACGCUAGGAGCCGGGUCGGGUACUUACCAUACACAGACAGCUCGCUGUUUAGUCUUUGUUUAUUAAUUAUGCUAUUGUUGAACUCUGUUUGCUAUUUGAAUAAAAUGUAUCUUUUUUUUCUUUUUCUUCACUACAGCCAUGUGGAAAUUGUUUUUUUUUUUAUAAAAAUGACAGAAGUGUUCAUUAUGUUUUGAUGUGAUAUCUAUAAUUCCAGGACAUAUACAGUUAGUAUUAGAAACAAAAGUGAAAAUCCACGCAGAAAGCUUGGCUGCGAUUGAAAAGAGUUCUUCUCCAUGGAUUCACCUUAGUAUUUUUCAUUUCAUCAAUAGCCUAAUCAAUAAACCAUUCAACUGAUUAACCAUUUGCAUUGAACAACGCAAAAUUUACAAAUAAAGGAUUAAAAAAACAAAAUAAAACAUUUGCAUACAGGUUCCUGGAGGCAGCUUCCUAUCCUCCCUCAGUGUUUUCUUCUAUGGCUGGAUUAACCCUAGUGUAAACAAAGCAGUUUCUCUGAAACUGCUAUGUUUACAGCUGCAGGGUUAACCCUAGAUGGACCUGGCACCCCGACCACUUCAUUGAGCUUAAGUGGUCUGGGUGUCUAUAGUGGUCCUUUAAUGCUAUCCAUUGUAAUACAGCUUACUUACAAAGGGAUGACCUAUUGAAGCCACCGCAUUGGAGCAAUCUAUUACCUUUAUCUUGAAAUUGCUAUCCCAUUGUUAGAGAUCUAGAUUUAAAGAGUUAAAUAUUCAUAUUCUGUAUACAUAAUAAGAAAUAUUGACAGGAUAUAUUAUAUAUUUAAAAUGUAUUCUUAAGGCUAAAUAUCCAAGAUGGUUCUUUAAACCCUUUCACACACACAGUAUUCCUUCUUCUUUUUUUCAUUUUAUUAUUUAGGCUAACUGUUAUGACUUCUCCUGCUUUCUCUGUAAUAGAAUUUCUGUCUUCUCUUUACACAGUCGUCUUUGCCACGCUCACCCCACUCUGAAGGUUAUUGAGAUGUUCCACUUCCGAGGUCCGUCUCAGGUGGGGGACCGACUGAUUCUUAAAGCCAUUGUGAAUAACUCUUUCAAAGACAGGUCAGUAAGAAACCGAGCAGUGGGUCACAUUGGAGGAGAGUCUUGGUAUAUCUCAUGGUUCUAUGGAAUGGGUGUUCAACCUCUCUGCCUGUCAACUUGAUUAUGUAUGUCAAUUAUUUCCUGCUACAUAUUCCCACUGUUUAAUUAUAAAGCCCUACUUUGUUAACAAAAUAUGAAUUAUUAUAAUAGUCCAUUUCAAAAGGUUGUCAUCUUCAACUUCACAUUAUAGUAAGUCGUUCCUUUAAGGGUGCGUGGAGUUAUAAAAAACAGGUUUUCUGUGGACAAUUCACCAUGUCAGUUGGAAACAGAUUUCCUCUGUGUACAAUCUAGAAUCCCUCUAGCAUGUCCACAACACCCUAACUGGGAGGUACAUUUAGUUAACAAUUGCACAUAUUUGCCUCCUAGAAACUAUUUUCCAUUUUAUUUCAUUUUAACCUUGUGUUCUUCAUGGGCUACAGGAGGUUAACCGAUGAAUACAUAGCUACCCCGGACUUGAAUCAGUUCGUACCAUCUGUGUUUUUUCCUUUUAAAUUUAAUUGAAAAAUGGUUUUGUGCUAAAACAUGGCAACAAAAAUGAUAAAAAAAUAUAUAGCAAAAUAAGAAGUAUGCAGAGAACUACAAAAGUUGCAAUAGAUUGUCCAAUGAAAGAACAAAUACAUUCAAGCAGAAAGAAAUUCUGGUGUAGAAACCAGCCAUCUUAAAAUGGGUCAGUAUCUACGUUUCUAAAGAAAAAAAAAAGUCCAUAAUGAAGUAGAGAGAAAAUCAAAGAUCUCCAAAAUGUAACUUCACAGUGAUAUUAAAAGAAAACACACUCAUAGGGGUAGUUGGCAGAGCUUUCAGAAGUAGUGUUUGUAGCGCAGCUAAAGGGAGACUAAAGGCUCCCAGGUCACUUCAUCUCAAUUGCACACUUCUAGUGGAUUUUAGAAAGAUAGUCACUAGAAGUGCUUUUUCUGGUAUAACCGAGUAAAACUUGGUUAUAGGGCAAAUGACUCACCUAGAACAUAAAUUACUGCGCAUCUGCACUAGCAUCUUUCCAAUGCUUUGCUAUGGGGAAGCAUGGGAUUGGCCGAGAUUAUCAACAACGAUGAUCUAAACCAAAGAGGCAGAGUGACAGCGAGAAGAGUAGCAUGACAAGAGUUGAAAGGUAAGUAAUACCUUUCAAAUUCUCACACGGCAGGGAAUAUGUAUCAGGACAUUAUAGCAUUAAAAAUACAUAGUUUAUAGUGUUUCGUUAAGAUUUUGCCCUUGCCUUUCUGUGUGUUAGCCAGCAAACUAGGGAACUAAACUUUGAAAGUUACUGAAUAGGUUCAGUCAACCAUGAGGAAAGUAUUUGUUAAAUCUGAAAAACCUCUUUCUUGACAAUACUUUACGUAACCACGAGUACCCACCAGUCUAGAGGAACAUGAUCUACUGGAAUUUUAAUUAUAUAGCAACAGGACCUUCUGAAAUUUCAGCUCAAAGUACCAUGUUUCAGCUCAAAGUACUGUGUUAGGUGGGAGCCCUUCGAUCAGGUUGUGUCAUGUGUCAAAGGUUUAGAUGUAACACACUUUAAAUUGAAUACAGUACUGAUCUAAUUUCAUUAGUAUGUACAACCGGCAUAACUGAUGAAAUACGAGAAGAGAUGACCCUAAAUGAGAAUGGAAGCAGGCAAGACUUCCAUAACAUGGAAGAAGAGAAGUGACCUAUUAUUUACAGGCUUAUUUACUAAAGUGAGAUUUAAAAGUGAAUUUCAAAUGUAAAGUGUCUGAAUGGGAAACAUAACUGACUUAGAGAAUUUUUAUAGUUAAUCUAUUUUGGCCUUAAAGGAACACUAUGGUGUCAGGAAUACAAACCUUUAUCCCUGACACUACAGGUUUAAAAUGGCUGUUUAGGUUUUCGACUCUCCUUAUGCUAAAAAGGUGAUCUACUCACCUUUAUUACAGAGCCACCCAGGUCUCCACUUUAGAUUGCUCUGCUCCGCCUCCUUGGCUGAGAUGAUCAAAUCUGAUUCUCAGCCAAUCCAAUAUUUUCUCAUAGAAAAGAAUUGGUAUGCUAUUGUGCAUGUGCAGCAAAACAACGAGCUGUGCCAAUUAGCAUCUUCUCAUAAGGAUGCAUUGAAUCAAUGCAUCUCUAUGAGAAGUGUUCAGCACACUGUGCAGCACUGACCCAGGAAGCACCUCUAGUGGCCAUCUGAGUGACUGCCACUAGAGGUUUUCCUAGGGAGUAAUGUAAAUAAGCAUGUGUGUUAUGAGUAAAUGUUAAUGACUUCUGCCCUAUCUCAUGCAGAUUUUACGAUCCUGACUGCGGUACAAAGCCCAAGGCAAUGUUUUUAGAUAAUCCCGAGAAGAAGUAACAUUUAUAUCUUUAUUGCUUCUACAGUCGAUUAGAUUUUAAAUAUUUAUCCAAGAAAAAAAACCUUACAUUGUCCAGACUUAUGUUCUUUAGGAACGCUUUUAGUGUGGUGAUCAUUAUAACCGUAGAGACUGUUUGUUUGUUUUUCUUAUGGGGAAUGUGAAUCUUUUGCAAUGGAAGGCGCUUAUGUUUAAUUUCAGUUGCCAUGGUAAUUUACCCUUAAUCGAUCAGUCAAAAGAAUCCCACAGAAGGGAAAACUGCAGACAUGGACAGCGGAGCACAAAAUGGAGGCGCCCAGAUAUUGAAAAGAUCAAUAUAGACACAUAACAUUGGAGGGAGUAUAAUCAUUGUGAUUAAAGGAGUAGGAGGAAAAGAACUGAAAGACAAAACAAACAUAAAAUUUUCACCUUCAUUUUAUAUUUUACACUUAACAUAUAUUUAUGUAUGGGAUAACUAAACAUAUAACAAGGUGUUUAAAUAGAGGUAGCGAUGCAAGCAGCGCGAGGUGGAUGGACGCAGUCUCACUUAGCUCCAACCCUAUACAGCUAGAUUACGGUUUUAGCGAGGGCUUUCCUCCCCAAAUUGAUAUUAACUACUUUUACCAGUGAUACUGCUUGAUAUAGGCCAGAAAAGCAAGAAACAGUCAGAAGACAAACCAUCUGGGAGCUUACAUAUUGGAGACAUGUUCUUUAGGCCUCAACGAGAGUAUCUUUCAAAGAUGGCACCGGAGUUAGACAAACUCUUCUUCUCAUCGGGUGAUCGUCCCUUUGCUACCACAGAGAGGUCCAGUUGGGUUGUCACAUCUUUCCAGUCCUCCUCUAUCAGCGGCAGAGGCUACUAUGGUAACCAACAGAGGGGAUUUACAAUCUCUUCUGGAGGACAAUCUGUGAAUUUUAGCUUAGGAUGUUGCUGUUGUAGAAAGAGGAUAUUAAAGGCCUAACGGGCAAGGUGAAGGCUGUAAAACAUGAUUUGGAGGACCUUCGGUUCAGACAGUCCACUUUAAAGUGGCAAGUAGCGAAGCUUCAGUCAUAGUCAUAGUCAUAGUCCCAGGUUUCUUUGGCUCAGCCCCAUUCUUUUCAAAAUGUAUUGCGUCUCUCCUGGAUACCCGUACAAAUGCUAUAUUACAAACUGAAAACGUUUGUGAAUUCUCUUGAGGACACACAUAUUGAGUUUAAUCAGUAAACCAUGAACUGAAGUCAAAAUAUUCUAAUUCAGCGGCCCAUACUAGCCAAGUUGGAAAAAUAUCUAAAUGGAAGAAUUUCGCUAGUUCAGAUACUUUACAGUUGUCCUUGCCAGUUAUGUUUUGGUAUGUUACAUAAAUUGAAGGACUGUGUGUAUAAACUGCUGUGGUUGUAAAUACUGUGGUAUUAAAGAGACACUAUAGUCACCAGAACAACAACAGCUGAAUGUAGUUGUACUGGUGAGUAUAGUCAGUCCCUGCAGGAUUUUUGCAAUAAACACUGUUUUUUGGUUGUUGUUUUUUUCCAGAGACAAGGCAGUGUACAUUGUUCCCUAGGGACACCUCGAGUGGCAGUCAUUUAGAUAGCCACUAGAGGUGCUUCCUGGGGCAGUACUGCACAGUGUGCAGGACUAACAUUCCGUGUCUCCACGCUCUGCAUGGAGACAUUGAACUUUCCACUUUCCACUUUUGAUUAAAUCCAUCUCUAUGAGGAGAUGCUGAUUGAUCAAACCAGUGCUUGGCCCUGCCCCCACCCUGCCUCCUUGACAAUUUCAGCCAAUGCAAUGCGUUUCGUACGGAUUUUGAUGAUGUCGCUCAAGAAGGCAGGUCGGGGGCAAGGCCAGUGUCGGCAGACCCAUGCGGUGCUGGAAGUAAAGUACGUUUUCUUACCUUUUAAGUGGGGGCAAGACACGUAAAUGAUGUUUUUAACACUUUAGGGUCAGGAAUAUACAUUUGUGUAAAGUGCCAUAGUACAAAUCUAGCACAACCGGACAUUGGUAAAAGUCCAUAUGGACUACAUAUGUGAAUGUAAUGUAUGUUCAUUAAUCUGGAAAUGAAAUAUUGGUUUAGUAAACUGUACGGUGUGUGUGUAUAUAAUCUUUAUUCAACAAUAUAUGGAUGAAGGUUCGGGAAUUAACAUUUUCUUUGUGUCUAUAUUGCAGUAUGGAAGUCGGGGUCUGUGUGGAGGCCUUUUGCCAUGAGAUGAAUGUGCCAAGGAGACAUAUAAAUAGUGCUUUCAUGACCUUCGUAGUUCUCAAUGAAAAAGAUCACCUGUGUGUAUUACCACGUAUCAAGCCAGAGUCAGGGGUAGGUAAUAUUCUUUGUAAUGAACCUCUUUAUAAUCCAUCCCAUUCACAGGGCAAGUACAAUCCAUUCUAUAGUCACAGACCAUGACAAUAUGGUCAAAUACACCUCUACCAGAUUUCAAAUAAAAAAAAAAAAAAAAAAUUCUGAAUGUGUAAAAUAGUAAAUUAAUCCAAAUCCACGUGGUGCUUUGAGCUCUCCAUCCAAUCCAUCGCCCGACUUCUUAUUAUUGUCAUUGUAACAGGUAAGUGUUGAUUCUCUAAGUCUCUUCUGUCUCUCCUAAGCAGUGCUGAGUGCUACAUAACUGCGUUAAAAGGAAUGGACUAUCAUUUACUGUCUAUAAUUAAAUAUACAUUUUUAGUAAAUUCUAUGGUUAAGCUGGGCAGUUUUUAUUUUGUUUUUAUUUUUUUUUUUUCCAGCAGACUUUGCUGUGUCAAAAUAUAAAAUUUGUGUUUUAAUAAAUGCUCAUCCAGAAUUUAAAAAGAAAAUACAUUUUUAAAAAAUAUAAAAGAACAUGCAGAAGUACUUUUACAUGUUGAAACAUUGCCUGGAAGUAUUAAAUAAACCACAGCACAGAAGAAGCGAUGCUUCUUUUAUUUAUUUUACGCUACUUUGCUGGUGUGAGAACUCCUUGUUUCUCACCCCAGUGAACCAUAUCGGAACUUGUACCUCCACGGCACUUCAGUGUCCUUUGCUUCCCCCAUGGUGCUUCAUGGGUUCAUUUCUUCUUGGGUAUCUCCUGAGAAGUGAUGAGACACACGAGCUUGGACUAUGUCCUGUGGGAGAUAAGCUUAUUUACAUAGUAUGCUCUGGCUGUGCUACGACAACCUUGCAUUCCUUUCAAUUAAAAAAAAAUAAAAGCGUUUAAAGAUUAUUUUUUUUUAGGAAAAAAAAAUGCCCAAACCAUUAUCUAGUUUUGCAUAAAAUCUUACAGUCCCACUUUAACGUUUCUUUAAAACUCAAAGUCCAGACCUUGCUGCAAAAAACGCUAUGUAUGAUUGUAGAGCAUUACGUUUAUUAAAAAUAGAACACUGUUUUUAACCUGACUCUACAGAUAAAACGCAUUGAUUUAUGUGUUUAAAAUAUGCAAAAAGAACCACUGAUCUCUGCUAUAUUUACUCAGGAAUAUACAAAAGUCCAUAUUUGCGAGAGGACAAUUCCGCAGGUAAAUACAUCCCAGUGUAACCCACAGGAGUGUCAGUACAUUAACAUUAAUACAUUAUGACCCCUGGCAAAUAAACUGCAAAUGCCUCUGUGCUGCAGUGUUUAAUACAUGGCGUUUCUCACUCUAGUACAUAGAAUUUUUAAGGUUUGAGUUCUCUCCUUUUCUUAGACAAUCAGUAGGCUGUCCGACUAAUCUGUGGAUAUAUUAUGUUCUGGAUAAUAAUGUAUUUUUAAUAGGACGGACUAAGACGCUACAAUGAAGCAAAUGCUCGCAGGAAAAUCAGACUUGAUCGGUGAGUGGCAUUUUAGGUUGCUGUUUGAAUAUACCUGAAAUGUACGGUAUGUGUUUUUACAAUGCUUAGCGUUUUCAUAAUGUUUAUUUGAAGCUCCAUAUAGCAUGACUGGAAUACGAUAUUCUGAUAAUAUUAUAUUCUGUCUUCUCAAUGAGAAUCCCAAUUCAUGGAAAUAUGAGAAUAGGCGUCUAGCGGCAGUGAAGCGGUUAAGGGUGUGUUUUGGAAAGUAGGUUCAAAUAAACACAAAGAGUUGGAUCACACCUUCAUUCUGGAAAUAUACCACAAUUCAAAGUGGAUUAGUGUAAAAGGUCAAACUUUAUUUCCAGUGUGUCAAGAGUUCCAAAAAAAAAAAAAAAAAGCUCUGUGCUUGCUCAUGAUUCCAGGUUUUGCGAACACUCGCUCACUUUUGAUAACUAUCUCAUGGGUUCUGGUUGGACACACAAUGCUUCUGACCAAACAGGAAUUAAUAAUGACUGCCCCCAUAGUGCAAACGUAGGUCAGGAGAUGCAGUGAAAAAGUAAUUACUGUAUACUUUACAAAAUGAUAGGCUAUAAUGCAUACAAACUUUUAUUUGCAAUUUUAUGUUUUCCUUCAAAGGGUUACGCUAACCCUUAUAAAGAUAUAUUGUUAAAUAAAAUUUUGUUUUAAAAAAGAAGUCCCUUUUCAGCAUUAUUCUCAGUAUUAAACAGAUGGAAUCAGGAGGUGGGAGUGCAGUGACAUUAGGCAGCCACUAGAGGCAGUUUUGCAGCACUAAGGGCAAUAGGGACACUGUACCCAGACCACUUCAGUGAGCUGAAGUGUUCUGGAUGCCUAUAGUGUCCCUUUCGUCUGUUCACUGCCUUUUAAUAUUAUUAUAACAAUCUUUAAAUCAUUUAGCAAACAACAACAAAAAGAAAACAUUAUUUACUUCUAUAAUAUGAUAUUCAGAAUUGUAUGAGGACUAGAGCUCCCAGACAGUCUCAGUUAACACAGCUAAUCCUGCCAUUCUCAAAAAAUAAACUUAAUUGGUAAAACUUGCUUUAUUCCCACUCUACCCUGCCAUAUAUCCAAGUUCUGAUCAAAUGCUCGGAACCACCCCUUCUAAAGGCUAUUUAAGGGAUUUACUGCAUUUGUUUGCUAAGUUAGAACUUUGGCUAACCGUAAAGUAGAUAAGCCAAACUUCAUACAAGUACCAGAAAAUGGUCAGAUAACUUUGUGUCUGUUAGUUGACCAAGUAUGUUGAUGCUUUACAGCGAGCAAUCUUUAUCUGUCAUUUCUACAAAUGUUAUUAAUCUUGUUCCAACAGUAAAUAUGUUAUUUCCUGUAAUCCAUCUGAGGUUCCGCUGUCUGUCCCUUGGGAUCCAAGUAAUCAGGUAAAUCCAGAAACUAUCGCUAGACUCCAAACCUUGAUUUUAUAAACCGUGUAAAAGGUUUGGUGGGUGGAUGAGUUUGUAUGUAUUUAUAUACACAAAGUCUAGUAUUUAUUAAAGGGUACACAAAGUAAUUAGACCACUAAGAGUAACAGAAAUAUAAGCAGUUAUAGCAGUAACUGCUAUUUGGGUCACUUGCUUCAACCCAUGAUUUGUGUUGAUUGUAAAAGAAAAGGUACUGCUAAAAUCCAGUUUGAAAUCAUGAUAAUUCAUACUUUGUUCAAUAAACACUGUUAGACAGAAAUACAUUUUUACAUCUGUUAUUGUUGUAAAAUAAUAUUUACUUAAGAGAACCUUUAAUUAUAUUUUGUAGUUUUCUGUCUAAUUGUAUCUUGCUGUAAAACCAUUCCAUCAGCCCUGUACACCCGCGUUCUCAGAGCUGUGUUGCUAUAUUUUGUUUUACAGGUCUAUCUCAGUUACAAUAAUGUAUCUUCUCUGAAGAUGUUGGUGUCCAAAGCCCAGUGGGCCCUAGUUUCCGAAUUAAACCAGGUAAGCAGGGCCGGACUGGGAAUAUAUAUAUUUGGACGUAUUGUAUGUGAGGGGUGCAGUGUGUGUAAGAGGGGUGCUGUGUGUGAGGGUGUUUUUAUCUGUCGUCACAUUCUAGGUUUCUAAUUUUCUUUGUCUGUUAACUCACUGAGGGUUAUUUUAUAUAAUAUGUGUGGGAGUGUGCUGUGUGUCUGGGUGCUGUGUGUGUCUGAGGGUGCUGUGUGUCUGGGUAUCUUUGAUCUCCCCACCGGCCCAUGAAGGCUCACAGCAGGGCCGACACACCGAUAGCGCCGGCUCUGCAUGGGCCAGCCGGGGACAUCCUGUGAUCUCCCCUGCCGGCCUUGGCCCACGGCCAUCGCGGCCCACCGGGCAUUUGCCCGGUAUGCCCAAUGGCCAGUCCGGGCCUGCAUGUAAGGAAGAUUAUAUUAAGCUACACACAUUUCUAAGUGAUAGUCUAAAUUGAUUAAUGUAUUGUGCUGAUCCACAGUUCUUGUUCAUGGGGUUUCAUAUAAUAAAAAUAUUAAAUGAUUUAACCGGUGCAGGUAUAGUCCUGUGGACUACAUGUUUUUACCACCUGACUUAAUAGUGGUAAAGCUAUUUGACUUUGGUAUGAAUGGAACCUGUGACCUUGACAUACUGUAAGUGGAAUCUCCUCUCCUGGCUGUCUCAUUAUUUUUUUAAUAUUGUCCAACUUUUACUAUAAGGGGUGUUUAAUUUCAGUGCCAGGAAAACCAAGGCUGUUUCAUAUGUCACCGUUUUUUUCAGUAGUCAUUAAGCAUUAUUGUUGGCCUUAUUCAGUGCAGAACACCGAGAAUGGCAACAAUAUUAGACAUUCUAUUUCUGGACAUAUUUUAAUUCCUCUGCAUCCGGCCUAUGAUGGGCAUGAUUUACUUAUAACUAGGCUUAAACAAACCGUCACAGACUAGAAGCCAGAAAUUCUCAUAUACAGCUCAUUUUCUAGUCUGGCUGUUAUAGCUUAGCUUUUGUAGUUCAGUUUUCAGUCCAUCACAAGUCAUAAAUAAACCCCAUUAGUUAACAUGAUGAACAAAAAUUAGUUUUAGCCAAGUUGCCCAAAUCUUUAGUUUCCUUCACUAAAGGUAAAAAUAAGACCUUGACGAAUAAACAUAAUCAAUAUUUGAAUAUAUAUUUAUAUUAAGAAGUCAGCAGUGAUCUGCAAGUUUUGAUCCAUUGUCCUUGUCUGUCAUUUAGGUCCAUCUAUACACCUUGGAGGACAAUGGCUUCCUGUCUUUCAAGGUUGAAAUAAAUGUGUCCAUUGAUGCCCAACAAGCCUUUAAUCUGCUUUCUGAUCUGCGUCGCAGAAACACAUGGGAUCGCUAUUACAAGUAAGUUCUCCCAAAAGUGUUACCCAAACAGAUGCCAGUCUUUGGGCCUGGGAACUGCUUUCUGGAAAAGAGGACAUCAGUUGGCUAAUAUGUUAAAAUGUUUCAAUUUGCUUUUGAACUUCUGACAGCUAUGCUGCUCGCUGCAAUAGUAGGGUAUAGGGUGCCAGAGGGUACAUGGGCAGUGUUUAGCUAUGUAAGGGUUGAAAUGUAUAGUGUAAAGAGUCAGAGAAGAAGCCAGUCAACUUUGUUUAUUUUACUUCGUCCACAUGCUCUCCAGUCUCCUCCUUUAGAGCCCAUGCCCAGCUGCAGGAUGCCAACAUGGGCUGUCAGUAUGGCCAUCGGUCCAUAUACCUGUUAACAGCCACAACUGGGAUCCUAUGCAGGCCCCCCCCACCCCCCACUCCAUACCUGUUAAACAUUCUCCUGGAUUUGUCCCAUAUUUGUGAAUGUCAUUGCAUUAUUGAUCAGUCUUCUGAACUAUGGGAGAUGUGGCAACUGUACAAGACUGCCAGUAUCAUGAUUUUAUGCUAGAUCAACCUAUGUGUGGUGUUGAUUGGAACCUGCCUGAUAAACUCCACCUGGAAUUCCAGGGCAUGUUAGGCCAUCGUAAUAUUCAGGAGACUCUGAACAAUAAAAACACAGGAGCAAUGAUUUAUUCACAUUUCUAAACCCUAUGAAAUGCAGCAUUAUUUUAAACCAGUAAAUGCACCUAGCUGAGAUUGGUGAUAUCUUCUACAAACCUCCUUACAUAUGGGCUUAGACACAUCCUGUUUGUACUGUGCAUUGUGCGAUCUUACCCUAUCAAGAAUUUAAUGCAAUACAUUAGUUUCAAUAUCAAGAGCUGCUAUAAGAAACGUAUCACUUAUUGUGUAUCUCUUAUUGCUGAGUGUUUGACUAAGCACUAUAUGUACUUUUAUGAAUAUGACUUGUUGUUAAGAGGACACUAUAGUCACCAGAACAACUACAGUUUAAUGUAGUUGUUCUGGUGAGUAUAAUCAUUGCCUUCAGGCAUUUUUAUGCCAUCACUGGUUUACAUUGCCCCUAGGGGCACCUCCAAGUGGCCACUCCUCAGAUGGCCACUGGAGGUGCUUCCUGGCUCAGUGCUGCACAGUAGGCAGCACUGCAGUUCAGCGUCUCCACACUCUGCAUGGGGAUGCUGAAUUUCCUCAUAGAGAUGCACUGAUUCAAUGCAUAUCUAUCAGGAGGUGCUGAUUGGUUGAAAUGGUGUUUGGAAUUUUGUUGUAUGGUUUUUAACCCAUUAUUUAGGGAGAAUGCGAUCGUCACAUAUGAUAAUUUGGAUAUAUUUCCUCUCAAUUGCUACUUCAGUCACUCAUUGGCUUUUGAUUGAUGCAUUUCUUUGCAUAGUAAUCUGUCUCAUGAAGGCAGGUGUUCUGCAUCUCCGAUAACUACAUUUUGUAACUAUUAACUUAUGGUUUGUUUUUAUCUUUCAUCAUUUUCUGUUGCAUUCUAGCCCAAGGUUAUUAAAAGUUUCUUCAACUUUGCUAUUUUUAAAAAAAAUUUAAAUGCAAUUCCCUCCUCAAUUCUCCAUGAUUCUGCAAUCUCCUCCGAUGCAGACCUGGAUUAUUUUGAUGUGUUAUUAAAAAUUGUCAUUGCUGUGCUUUUAACAGCCUGUUUGCAUAAUUAUCCACAAAAUACAAGUAGUCUGUUUCUUCCUUAGAGAAUGUCAUCUCUUACAACAAGUGAACGAAGAUGAUGCAAUAUACCAUGUGGUCAGCACAGUGCGUUCUGCGGAGAACAAACUGCAGGAUUUUAUCAUCCUGGCGUCCCGGAGACAGCCUUGCGACGUUGGGUAAAGAGAUUAAUUUAAUGACGGAGUAUAUAACCUAAAUUCUGAUUCAUGGUGAAGGGUUUAUUGCAUUCUCUGAAGGAUGAACGAUUUGAUUGAUAGGUCAAGACCUGAGCUGUGUUCACUAUAUAUGUUUGGCUCUUUUGAUGGUUUUCCCUCUUCAUUUUCUGAGUUUUAUAAGAAGGUAAGUGGGGAAUAUGUAGCAUACUAUAUCUUCCUCUAUUCCUAAUUUGUAGAUCGUGCCAACCUAUUCCUUUACAAUAUUAUAAAAGAGGGAAAUUUAACAAUAAAUGAGACCAUUACAAAAUGCUGCAGGAACAAUAGGUUGACGAGGGCCCUGUUCAAACGAGCUUACAGUCUAUGAAUAAAUAUAAUCUUCUUGCAAGCAUAAUCAGAUCUGGGCGAAAUAAGCUGUCCAAUUGUCCUUGCUGUGGCAAGAUGACUCAAAGAAGUACAUUUUACUUGUCACUUUCCGAAAUGGCCAGUUGGGUCAAAAGUGUCUGCAGAAUGUGACUUUCAGUGUCUGCAGAAUGUGACUUUCAGUGUCUGCAGAAUGUGUCUUUAGCACACGCUGCAGAAAUCAGCACAACUCUCCGAAAUGUCAGUGAGGCUUUGUGUGUGUUUUUCUCAAGUGGCUUAUGCAUUUUAUUGAUGAUUUUGUAGACGGGUACGCAUUUGGACUUUCUUAUGAAGAUCUGCAGAUUCCAUAAGACUGUAUAAUGUGCAGAGGCUAAGGUUUAGACAAUGCAAUGAAAAGAGCGGAAAGUCUGCAUGAAAACACUAAUUAAAACCUCUUCACACUGCUUUACCUUACAGGGAUCCUUAUGUUAUAGCCUUCCGUUCCGUAACGCUCAAAACUCAUCAACCGUCUGAGGAGUACACCCGCAGUGAGACACUCUGUUCUGGGUUCUGCAUCUGGCCCCAGGAAGGACAUGUAACAAAGGUAACACAUUAACUAAAUCUUUGCUAUUUUGUGACACUGAAAAUUCAUGUCUUUUCUGUGUAUAAAUUCAAUCAACAAAUGCCACAAUAAAUGUGCAUAUACAGGAGGUAGAUAUAUACCACCCUAUGUGUUGUUUUGCACCAUUUUAAUAAUUUGCAAACAAAAAUGAAUCCUAUUCUUAAUAUAAUAUUUUGUAGAAUUAUAGUGUUGUGUCGAAAAGGAAAGGACUUAACAAUAAACUGUUCCAUCUGGAUCCAAUAAUUCCUAUGGUGAUUACGUUUUAGUACUUUGCAUUCUUUUUCAGAAAAGGGUACUUUGAAAGGUCUCCUCCAUUGCACUCUCUUCUUUAACUCCUUUAUUAAAAUUUGGGGAUUUGUUUCUGGGGGGUUUUCCCGACCAUUAAAUAAAUAUCUGAUUUUGUUGUAGCUAUCCAUGCUAAGCAGAAAAAUACUUUACACAGGUUCUAAAAUGAAAGACUCAGAUUCUGGCUUUUCUACAAAUAUCUAGGUAGUGAUGAGGGUAAAGUACUGUAUAUACUCGAGUAUAAGUCGACCCGAAUAUAAGUCGAGACCCCUAAUUUUACCCCAAAAAACUGGGAAAACUUAUUGACUUGAGUAUAAGACUAGGGUGGGAAAUGCAGCAACUACUGGUAAAUUUCUAAAUAAAAUUAGAUCCCCCAAAAUUUAAAUUAAUUGAUUAUUUAUUUACAGUGUGUGUGUAUAUAAUGAAUGCAGUGUGUGUGUGUGUGUGAUGCAGAGCCUUGGUGGGGGGUGGGCAUUUUUAUUAUUAUUUUUUAUUAUUAUAAAAAAAAAAUUUGUUAUAUUAAUAUUUUUUAUUUUAUUUUUUUAUAUUAUUUAAAUUUAAAUUUGUAUUUAUUUUUUUCCGUCCCCCCUCCCUGCUUGUUAGCUGACCAGGGAGGGGGGCUCUCAUUCCCUGGUGGUCCAGUGGUGUGCACUGUGUAGGAGGGGGCUGGCAGAGAGCUGUAACUUACCUUUCCUGCAGCUCCUGUCAGCUCCCUUCUCUCUCCUCCGGUCCGGUCAGCUCCCCUGCAAGUCUCGCAGUGUGAGUGCGGCACGGAGCGUUGCCAUGGUAACCCGUGGUAACGCUCUGACCCCGCGGCUCACGUGAGACUUGCAGUGGAGGAGAAGGGAGCUGAGCUGACAGGAGCUGCAGGAAAGGUAAGUUACAGCUCUCUGCCAGCCCCCUCCUCCACAGUGCACACCACUGGACCAUUACAUUACAAACCUGGCGGUCCUGGUCUGUAUUAUGGCAAUGUAAGUUGCCAUAAUACAGACAGUGACUCGAGUAAAGUCGAGUGGGGGUUUUUCAGCACAAAAAAUGUGCUGAAAAACUCGACUUAUACCCAGGUAUAUAAGGGUAAUCUUUCUGUAAAACUACUAUAAUAUAUGUAAUUAUGAAAUUGCAUUUCAUGGCAUUGAAAGUGGUGUGCAAAGGUUUAACAGUGCUACACGUGGAAACGUAGCUAGAUAUUUUAAAGAAAGCAAGCAAAAAGCACUUAAAGGGGAAUUGUCACUUGUCAGACACAAGUUAGCUAUAGGAUGUGUCAAAUUUUUUUUUAAUCUCCCUAUUUUAAUUUUAAUUUUGCAAAGCAUGUCUGGCUGGUCAGAUAUGCUAUGUAAAUUAAAAUAGCCCCUGCAGUGCAAUAUGAAUUGGCUCAUGUGGCACUUGUUGUACAGCGCUGCAAUAUAUGUUGGCUCUUAUAAAUAAUUGUAAUUGAAUGUGGAGUGCGCGUGUGAUCAUACGACAUUUCUCUGUAUAUGCUCCAGGCAUCAUGGGCUAGCAGAGUGCAAUGAAGGGGACCCCUGUCUGAGUCUGGAACUCCAGCUCUGAGUGGGCUUUCCAGAGAUAAAAAGAUCUCCUUACCCAGCCCUGCAAUCUCUAACUUCAUUGAGGGAGCAUCAUGGUCUGUAGCAAUAUCAUUGAAGGUACCCUCAUGUUCCUCCAGCACUUCUUGGUGAUUUAGAGUGCCACAGUCAGUGCUCUGAGUCAUUGAGUGUCACAACUGUUAUGGGCAACUGUAAAUAUUACAAGUUUUAGAAUGAAAUGUUGUAUUUCUUAAACUGUGUACUUUGUCUUUAAGAGAUAUUGCAAAUUGACAAGGUGUUAGAAAUGGAACAUAUUGUUUUUCAUAACUGUUUCUUUAAGCAAUAACCUCAGUGCAUAAUAUGUUUGCGCCAUUUUGUCCCAGACGAAUUACAAUAACAAUAAUGCAUAAACAAGCUUCAAGGCUAUACUACGACUCUUUCAGUACACAAUAUACUGUGGUAACCCCAAGUUAAUGGAACUUCCCCAAAUCCGGGAAUCUCCCACUACAGUGCACUUACGACUUAGUAUAAACAACAGAUAACCUAUUCAGACUUUAAGAUGCCAUCUUGAAUUAAGUCAGGAAAAAUUCCAUGACGUAUACGUCCUUUAGUUAUGGCCUUGUAUGUUUGCCAAAUUAAGGGAGGUCCUAAAAUGAAUAAAGUAAAUGAACUACGGUAACCCUAAAAUGGAGACACCUAAGGUAUAAAUAGGUGUACUUUUAAAUGUUAAGACACAGAGGAGAGACUUGGAGACAGACGCUGCUCCAUCUUAAAAUGACAGAGAGGCUGACAUGAUGACCUGUUCAGAAGGGUAUGUUAACCUAUUAAUGAUAUUUGCAAGCAUUUAGUUUAAUCUUAUAAACUCUGCUAUAAUGGAUUUUAUAUUUAUAUUUUUAUAUAAUAUCCAAAAAGACAAAUCUAUUGCUUCCAAGACAAUCCUUAUUUUAUAUUGUAUUCUCAAUUAUUUAUAUAUUUUAAAUAGAGGAUCUCUUACACUAACUAUAUAAAAUUAUGGCUAAGAUAUCUGUAUGGUUAGCCCUACUAAGUUCUAUGCUUUAAGGCAUUAUAGUGGUAAAUAAGGGAACCACCUGCGGUUACACAACCAUUACAGACAAUGGAGCUUCCCCACUGAAUCCUGUUUAUCCACCACUGGGAAGGUAAGCCAGGGGUGGGGGGGUGAAGCGCAAAACAGACACACACUUACACACGCUCUCUCACGCACCACUCACUUUAACAAAGCACUAAAAUGAGGGGAAGUUGGUUCCUAUAUUGUGUACCUUUUAACAGAAAAAAAGUCUCAAACUGUAAAUUAGUGAUUCAAAGUUGGUGUUCAGUGGCUACUGAAUGCAGAAUGAACUGAAUUGGCCCCGCUUGUGCUAGUGUUAUUCAGUUGAUUCUGAAUUCUGCUUUAGUAUGCUUCAGAAAUUCGAAAGGACACCGAAUCUGUCAAAAUUCAGACAGCCCUGAAUUAAAUAGUUUAUUAAAUACCAGGUUUCAUUUGACAUGUUUUUCUGGUUUUAUAGAAAAUAGCAGACUUUCUGAUGCUGAUUUGGAUUUGUUUUUAUUAUCUCCCAGAUUUCUUACUAUAACCAGUUUACUCCAGGAGUGGUUUCGUAUUUGACAACGAACAUUGCUGGACUGUCAUCUGAUUUCUCCACCACCUACAAAGCCUGCGAACAGUUCCUUAUUGAGAACACAAGGAUCUCUUCAGUGGAAAUUAAAUCACCAACUCCCAAGGACCCUCUGUAAAUGAACACCAAAAUUAUGUUUUGUAGGUAGGCUACAAAAUGCUCCAACAAAACCAUUUGUGUGUACAUAAAACCAGCGUAUCAAAUGAUCUCACUCAGGCACAGCUGCACCACGCAGUCACCUAGAGGGAACUGUGAAAGUCUUCCAGAACUCUAACAAACGUUGUAACCAAGAUGAUCAUCGCAUUACAUCUCAGCAUACUGUAUCAAAGCAAGUAGCAGAACAGUAGGAAUGCUGCUAACAAAGUUUAGUUGUGUUUGAUGUGUAAAAUGAAAUACUCAGAAUUGCAAUAUAUAUUUCUUUUUUUCUGUGAUAGAAUUUUUUUCCUUGAUGACACUGUAGCUAAGGUGACUCAACCCCCUAAACUUUUCUCACAUAAGGCUUUGUGUAAGACUAUUGUACACUUGGUCCUUGUAUUAUUAAGACCAAGAUUAGGAAUCUGGAGUUCACGGACUGCAAGAACCAUAUGGCAAACUAAAGCUGAUGGGAGUUGUAGUCUAGAAGCAGGGCUGCCAAAAUCUUAAAGAUUCACCGCAGAGCACGUAUUAAAGCAAUGUAUUCUGAAUGCAUCAACAGGACAGAUUAUAACCUCUCUGUACGGAGGAAGACUUGCUCGCAAUGGGCCAUGUUCCUGCCAUUAAAACCCUCACUAUAGGACAGACCUUUUAUUCUGGUAGUGAAACACUUUGCACAAAGAGCACUUUUGGUUCUCAAACAGAGAGCCCUUCACUACAUAAUUGUAUAAGUCAGACAUCCAUUCAUGUAUUUUGCUGUAUUGCUUUGGCGUUACCAUAUUGUAGCUAAUCGGUGUUUGCAUUGCGACUGUAUAUCUCUCUGGCUUCUAUUAGGUUGGGUGUAGUAUAAGUUGUUUCAGUUUUGUGCCACUAACUUUGCUAUUUGUAUACUUUUUGUAUUUGAUGAUUCUUAUUAAAAUAAACUGUCAGGAAAAACUGGGUUGUUUUUAAAACUGAGCUUUCUGUAAAAAUUAAGACUCUGAGAAGGCAAUGAAGCAACACCUGCCGGUGACCUCACACAGGUGGUGCUGGCAACUGCACAGAGGGAGUUUCGGAGCUGGA